UCUUCGGGUUGCGCAGUCAGGCGGCGGGUGUGCGAGAGAGGGAGAGCCGGGCAGGUCGCUCCUCUCUCUUUCCCUCUCUCCGCCCACACGCGCCUCCCCCACCCCACUCCGCCCGAGACAGCGGCGGUGACUCUGAGGCGGCGGCGGUUAGAGCAAGAGCAGACGCGGGCGGGGAUGGUGCGUCUCGGGGAGGCGGUGGCCUUUGCCGCUGCCACCGCUGCCGCGCCGGCUGCUGCUGCUCCUCCUGCCGCCCCUCCGUCCUUGCUGUGGGGGUGAAGAGGACACCCGAGACCCGACAGAGAUGAGGUAGCGGCGUGAGGCGGCGGCGGCGGCGGAGGGGACCCGCGGGCCAAGGGGCUCGGCAACGGGCAGGGCGAGCCCGGGGGGUCACCCUGGUGAGGGGAGCGCAGGCGCGCUGGGGAGAGCGAGGCGGGGAGGGACCCCUCCACCAGCCCCAGCGCACGCGCGCGGCCCUCUCGCCCUUCUUCGGGGGCCCCGCAUUCGCCCCCGCCGCCUGCCCUGUUGUUAUUCCCAAUGUUAUUCCUGGUUGGCGGCCCGCUUUCCCUCCCUCCCCGGUAUGAUUUUUGUCCGCGUUCUUCUCUCCCUCAGUCCGCCCCAUUGCCCGGCCCACCCCCCCCUCCAUUGCCCGGCGCCCCUCUCUCCUUCCAUUCGCCUCCCGCGCGAGAGGAGGACGAUCCGUGGCCAUUGACCCCGAGUGUGUGCCGGGAGCUCUUCGCCGGCGGCCGUGAUUCCUUUAAAAAAAAAAUCUCCUAAUGCUGGUCUUCUGGCGCCGAUAGCGGCGCCUUUGAUUUCGUCUCCUGCUCCCGAUCUUUUCGACUCUUAUUUCUUAGAGGUGGGGAAUAUAUAUAUAUAUAUAGCAAGCAGAAGGGAAUAGUGUGCGGGGUGAUGAGCGGGCCCUACUUGUAGGGGGUGGGGAAGAGAGAGCUUAUUUAUGCCCGGCUCGGGCAAACGAGAUUGCCUUGCCUGCAAAAGCAGCCGACGUCUUUGUCGUGCCUGUUUUAACAAACACGCUCUCGCUCGUGUCUGUUUUAACAAACUCGCCGGUAGACUAUCGGUGCGAAGAGAUGCAACGAGAAUCCGAGGUGGAGCAUGCAGAAGUAACUUAUACAGUAGUGUCCCUGGCUGAGAUUGCUGCGCGCGGGCAGCCAUGGUUUCCAAAGAGGAAUCUCCGUCAGUGACAUUCUCCGACUAAAAAAAAGUGGCUGGAUUUUUGCAUGAGGUUUGGCCUUGCACUUUCUAGCCCAUGCACCUUUUUUUUUGGCCUUCACAGCCCUGUAAUGAAGGAAACAUGUUCUCCACUUCAAAGAUUGGCAUUUAGCCUUGGAAGAAGCAAGGUCUUUAUCACGUCACUUCUAUUUGCUCUGAGUUGAACAGCAACAUUUAUUUGAUUACAUUUGUACCUAUAGGAAAUUCCCUCAUAGGAAAUUGACUACUGAGAACAAACUGCUUACCAAUAAUACUAUAUUAAAUAAUUUCUUCUUGUAGGCAUUCCCAGCUGGAGUAAGUGUUCAGUAAUGAAACAGCCAUGAAAAUGUGACAUACUAGUGACUUCUUGCUCAUAGCCAUCCUUCACAAACAGUAAAUGUUUUUUGGCUGCUUGUUAAAGACAAAUAUAUAUCCAGUUCAGUUUACUAUGCUUGAAGGUAAGACCAAGGAAAUAGUUAAAUUCUUAGAUCUCUUAUGAAACUGUGAGCUCCUUUGGCAGGAUUUAAGAUGUCAGUAUGAUGCUGAAGUCCAAAGAGAUAAUUAGUUAGAUAUUAAUACUCUAAUCAAAGAUCUGGGAUUUAUAGAGCAUCCCAAAUUAAAUACAGUGGUACCUCUAGUUACAAACUUAAUUUGUUCCGGAGGUCCGUUCUUAACCUGAAACUGUUCUUAACUAGAGGUGUGCUUUCGCUAAUGGGGCCUUUUGCUGCUGUUGCGCCACCAGCACACAAUUUCCGUUCUCAUCCUGGGGCAAAGUUCUCAACUCGAGGUAACUCUUCCAGGUUAGCGGAGUUUGUAACCCGAGGUGUUUGUAACUUGAGGUACCACUGUACUUAUAAACAAUGGUGUGUUGCAAAAUGUUAAAAGCUAUAUCAGAGUGAAUAGCAGAAUCACAGUAUGCUCUAGUCUAGAGGCUGGCUGUUGAGAGGUACUACCUAGCUUCCCAAUUGACACAUCCCAGCAAUGAUAAAAGAGAAAUAUGUACAGAACUUGCUGGGAGUUUGCUUAAUGUGAUAGCAAAUUAACAUCCCUCCCACACAUCUCAAAGUAGCCCUCCAGGAAAACUAUUUUUAAUAAGGGCUCUUAUUAGUUGGUUUGACCCUUAUAUUCUUAGUAUAUACUGUGUAGAAAAUAUUGAGGGGAAAAUAGGUAUUGGAAAGUUAAAUAUAAUAGCAAUGGAUUCUGAAAAACAAGGCAAACAAGAAGGCAUGUUCGUUGGUUAAGAAAUGACUGUGGUAGCUUAGUGAUGGGGAAAAGGAGAGAAAAUGGCAGAAAAAUUAAAUUCUCCAUUUUCUAUCUUUGAUACUGAUGGCAUGAAAAAUAUUUUUGAACUAAAUAUGUGGAAAUAGUAAAACAUAGACCAAGCAUUAGGAAAGCUUAUUUGCAAGAAUGGUACAGGAUACUUGGCAAGAUUUCAGAAUUUAUUUAGCUGCUCUACAGCUGAAGCUUGGGUGGCUUACAGGAAGUUAAAGCAAAUAUAAAAUUAUAUUAAAAUAGCUGUAACAUACAGUAGAGUAAGAUUCAUUCAUACCAUAAAAUAUAUUUAAAAGAUCUAAAAGGCCCAAACAGAUUAUAUAGCAUCAAAAAGAAUGCAGGAAUAGCGACUGGUCAAGUUCUCCAGAGAGGGAAUUAAGAGGCAGAGUGCCUUGAUUGAGGGGACACUAAAUUUGGUCACCAUCUACCUUCUAAUGACUAGGACCAGUAACCUAAUGCCAAGCCAGAUCAACUGUAGCAGGAGGAGAUUCUUUAGAUUCUCUGUUCCCAAGUUGUUUAGUACUUCAAAGGUUAAAACCAACACUUGACAUUGUCCCAUGAAAAGACUGAGAGCUGGUGUCUGGCUGUCUGAGAAUUGGAAGUUCCAUGCAUCUAAUUCAGUUAGGAAACCUGUUCCUGUAUUUUGCAUAAAUUAUAGUUCCCAAGUGGUUCUCAAAAGCAGCUCCUUGAACAAUACAUUGAAGUACUUUAAAUAAGCUGUCAACAGAGCAUGGAUAGCAGCAUUUUUUCAUUGAAUAUUUUUCAUAAAACAGGUUACCGUAUUUUUCGUCCCAUAGGGUGCACCGGCCCAUAGGACGCACCUAGUUUUUUUGGGGGGGGGGGAAAUAAAGGAAUCCCCCCCUUUAUUUCCCCCCCCAAAACCAGGUCGGGGAAUCCAAACCAGGUUGGGGAACAGCGGGAUGGCGGCACUCCGCCUCCCUGCUGUCCCCGCCCCGAGCUUGUGGGGCUGCCUGAUAUCUGCACGAAGCCCGGGGUGCGCUGUGCAGCGCGCCCCAGGCUUUGGGAUGCAGGCUGCUAUCCGCAAGCCUUGGGAGCCCGAUGGGAACUCCCGUGGAGCUCCCAAGGCUUGCGGAGAGCUUCCUGAAGCCUGGAGAGCGAGAGGGGUCGUGCACACCGACCCCUCUCGCUCUCCAGGCUUCAGCGAAAGCCUGCAUUCGCCCCAUAGGGUGCACACACAUUCCCCCUUCAUUUUUGGAGGGGGGAAAGUGUGUCCUAUAGGGCGAAAAAUACGGUAAUAUACAGUAUUGGUAUAGAAAGGAAUACAGUGGUACCUCGGGUUACAGAUGCUUCAGGUUACAGAUUCCGUUAACCCAGAAAAAGUACCUCGGGUUAAGAACUUUGCUGGUGAUGGCGCGGCGGCAGCGGGAGGCCCCAUUAGCUAAAGUGGUACCUCAGGUUAAGAACAGUUUCAGGUUAAGAAUGGACCUCCAGAACGAAUUAAGUUCUUAACCCGAGGUACCACUAUAACUGAGAUUCAUACAUGAUUACUCUAAAGUAAUGUAUUGGAACUUGCAACACAAUCCACACAGCCUUUUCUGUGGCUACCUUGCCCCCUCUUUGAUGGCCUCCUCUUACAUUAUGUGAAUACUUAACUUCUUAGGAAGUUAUUUGAACUCUAGCAGCUUUGAUGAACUCUGGUUUUCUUCCUAUUUGACUCUUCGGAGUGUAUUUAGUCUGUUUGAGAGUUUUUAUUAAAAAUGUAUCAAAUGAGGAAAUUGAAUUACAUUCAAAAAAUAUGUUUGUAGCUGCUAGUUUAGAUCUAGAUGAGGUCAGUUGCUGUUAGAGCUCGCUGAAAUGGUGAGAAAAGUUAGUCGUGGGCAUGAAUUAAAUGACAGUCUGGAUUCAACUGUCUGCUUUUAAUUGAGAUGUGUGUUUGUGUGCAACUUCUUUGACUUGUUUUGACUGCUUAUAUCUUUUUACUGUUUUUAAUUUGGUUUGAACUUUUUGGAAAAUGGGAUAGAACUUAUUUUAACUUACUUACAUUUCUAUGCAUGUUUAUUUGAAACUAAGUAUUCAGUAAAGACAAGGAUUGUGAUCCUAGUCUCUAGGAUUUAUGUUUAGAUUUGUAGACUGAAUUACUGCUGGAGGUGUCUAAAUCUUGUGAGUUUGCAUGUAUAAUGUAUGUGCAUAGUAGCAUACACUGACAUAUACGUUACUGAAAGCCUGUUUCUCCUCAGUUCCUGAAACUUAAGGAAUAAUAAAUGAGAAUGCAUGCUUGUUAUUUCUGUGGUUUAUAGCUAAGUAUUACUUUUUAAAUAAAUCCCAACUUCCAAAUCUGGUACUACAAAGAUGGUGUGAUUAAAAUACUGGAAGAAACAUUACAGUACAGUCAUACUUCGGGUUGAAGUAGUUUCGGGUUGAGCAUUUUCGGGUUGCGCUCUGCGGCGACCCGGAAGUAACGGAACGCAUUACUUCCGGGUUUCACUGCAUGCGCAGACACUCAAAAUGACGUCAUGCGCAUGUGCGGAAGCAGCAAAUUGCGACCCGCGCAGACACGGGUUGCGUUUGCUUCAGGAUGUGAACUGGGCUCCAGAACGGAUCCCGUUUGCAUCCAGAGAUACCACUGUAUCUCAACACUUCUGUGUAACUAAAAGUGGGCCUGUAGUUUCGUCUAGAUAUAAGGGAAAGCUGCCAGUGGCAUGUGGAGGAAAUGCUUAUUUCUAGCAAGGCAGGCAAAAAGAUGGAAAUGGUCUAACUUAAAGGCCUCUUUAAUUCAAACCAUAGAACCAUUGGCAUUUAGGCUCAAGCAGCUCACAGACCGUUCGAGCUUGUAUGAUUAGUACUUGUAUGCUCUCACUUUGGCAGUUUUACAGCAGUCAUGUUUUCACACAGAUGAGCUGUUUGAGAACAAUUUCACCAGUGUAUUAAGCCCAGAAUCUUUGCUUCAGAGUUAACAGACAAAGUGUUGCUUAAAACUGCAGUAAAAGGAAUUGAUUGUUUUAGAGUCUCUCUUUAGUUGUACUCUAGUUGGACAUUAGCUUUUUCCAGUUUUACUUGAUAAAUCUUCAAAUGUCUGUUUUUUGCAAGCUUUUUAAGAAGUAAUAAUUUACUCAGAGCUAUGUUUCAUAGGAAUCAAUAGGGGAUACCUGUAAGUAAAUAGAUAAAGCUCAGGGUUGGGAUGCCAGUAAAUAGAUCUAGAAAACAGCUAAUAAUUGAGACUGUGGUCCAGGCCAGAUGUGAUAAAACAAGCUACAUCAAGCGAGCCACAAGGUUUGUUGUUAAGCCAAGGUUUGUUCUUGGUUUUCCAAUCAUAGCUUGUUUACUCUGAUCCCUGGUUUUGAUAUAUUGCUAAGCCAGAUAUAUAUUGCUUAGCUAGAAGGGAGUGGGCACAAUCUCUGCAUUUGUGGUGGACCAUUAACUAUGGUUUAGCAUAAUGUAUAAACUUUGACAUUGUGUUUUAAGUGUUAUAUUUGAAUACUCUCUAUAACAACAUGAUCUAUAACAUAACAUCAUAAUCUAUAACAUAAUUUUAUUGGUAUAGUGCACAAAAUUCACAAUAUGAUGGUACUUUAAACCAAAUAGUGCUUAUAUGAUGUCCUAAACUCAAUAUUGGUAGACAUGCAACAUACCAAACAUUUCUAACUUUGCUUAUUAGCAUUUAGCUACACAUUUCUGUUUUUCCAGUAAAAUUCUCUAAGCAUACCUUGAUUGCGUAUAUAUGAGGCUAAUUAUGAAAUAUUUAUUAGAUGUAUAUGGCUUCCACUUCUAUAUUAUAGUACAAAUAUCUGUCUGACCUUUAUCUGAGGAUAAGUUCUUAAGACCUUGUUCUUAAGACAGCUUUCUAAAGGUGAAUUGUGAGUCUGAGAUGAAUCUGGCAAGGUUCCUAAGACGUCAUUAGACUUGUAACUGACCAUUCCCAUAUACAAAUUUUAUGUCUGCAGCAGCUUCUGGUUAAGAAUGUUAACCUUUUGCAAUGCAACUGAAUGGCAAAGGCUAAUUAUGAAAAGCUUAAAAUAACUUAAAGCCUUCAUGCUCAAUUAGAAGUAGUAGUGACUACUGCUUGAAUAGUAAAGUACCUUGGUAUGUAGCUUCUGAUCCUUGUUCUUUCUUUGACUUUGAUUUUGAUAAAGUGAAAAUAAAUGAAGAUUCUAGCUUCAAAAUGGGAAUGACAGCUAUUAUAUUAGACUAUCAUAAUUGCUAUUAUGCUGUUGAUUCGCUCCUGUGAGUGGGAGCAUCCCUGAGCAUAGCAUAACAUUUUUUAAUUUCAGAUUUCUUUUAGACUUGGGUUGGAUUCUAAUUUCAUUUUCCAUGGAUGAAAAGAUUCCUUCGUCUAUGUAUGGCUUUUGAAUCCAGUGGAGGGAUCCUGCUGAUGGAAGUGGAGACUAUUUUUGCUAAUCCCUGUUUCCCCUACACAGACCCCCUUCCACACACAUCGUGUGGGUGGCCAGAGUAUACUGGCUUUCAGCUCUGCAGUCCGUAAGCAACCUUUACUUAUCCUUCUCCACUAAAUGCUUCUCUUGACAUAAAAGCCAGCAUCCUUGCACACCUUUUUGAAUGUAUCAUUAAUGUAAAAAAUACGAAGAGCACAUGUAAAAUGUUUCAACAUAAAAAAUUCAUAGUGCCCUAUAAAGGCAUCCAUUUUGAGCAGAUGCAAGUGUUAUGUGAAUAUUGUAUUUGAUCUGGAAAAGACAUUGAAUGACCAUUACGCACAGGGGUUCCAUUCCCGGCCACUACGUCCAUCAGCGGAGUGCAUAUAAGCGUGCCCUGUUCUGCCCCCAUUCUACCCAUUUUAGUGACAUUUUUGGGUUACUUCCAGGUUUGACUGAGUCAUUCAGACACACAUUAAUUAGUUGUUGACUAUAUGGCAUAUGUUGGCAGAAGGAAAAGCCUUGCAUUGGGCAGACAUAAAUAAAAAGAAAAUUCUCAAGAAAAUUCCACUUACCAUUCAUCCUAUAUCUGAGGAUAAGUUCUGCACUGUGGAUUAGUGGCUUCCAUGUCUAGGAAUUGGGUAUGAGAGUUGUUCUAGGCAGGAUUAUGCUCCCUCUGAAAGAUCAGGUAUUUAGUUUGAGGGAAGUACUCUUGGAUUCCACCUAUUGCUGGAAGCACAAGUUUCCAAAUCCAGCUGGUUCUCCAACUAAGGCUCUUCCUAGAAGGGGGUAGCUUGACCACUUUGCUUCAUGCUAUAGUAAUUUUCUAUAUGGACUACUGCAGUUCAUUCUACAUGAGGCUGCCCUUGAAGAUUGUUCAGAAGCUGCAGCUAGUACAAUAUGCAGCUGUGGGGAUCUUAUUGGGUCUCUUACCUAGAGACCAUAUUGCAUCAGCCUAGAAGCAUUUGCAGUGGCUGCCAAUUAGCUGUCAAGUCCAAUUCAAGGUUUUAGUUUUGACAUAUAGAACCCUAUAUGGCUUUAUCUGAGCGACUGUCACCCAAUAUUAACUGACCCAGGACUUGAGAUCUGCUCUUUCAGCUUUGUCAGUAGUGCCAUCAGCAAGGGCUCUUAAGGAAGCAAGCCACCUCAUCUGUAGCAUUCCCCUCAGAAAUUUGGCUGGCGCUAACUUCACUUGGUUUUAGGUACUAAUUGAAAAUGUGUUUUUAUGGGGGUUUUUUUGGUUAGGCUCCUGAUGGAUAAAUACUUGGUCCACAGAAUAUAGUGACUAUAUGGUUUUAAUGGGUUUUAAGAGCAGAAUUUUUAGGGACGCAGGUGGCGCUGUGGAUAAAACCUCAGCCCCUAGGGCUUGCCGAUCGCAUGGUCAGCGGUUCGAAUCCCUGCGGCGGGGUGAGCUCCCGUCUUUCGGUCCCAGCUCCUGCCCACCUAGCAGUUCGAAAGCACCCCUAAGUGCAAGUAGAUAAAUAGGUACCGCUUUCUAGCGGGAAGGUAAACGGCGUUUCCGUGUGCGGCACGGGUGCUGGCUCACCAGUGCAGCUUUGUCACGCUGGCCAUGUGACCUGGAAGUGUCUCCGGACAGCGCUGGCCCCCGGCCUCUUAAGUGAGAUGGGCGCACAACCCUAGAGUCGGACACGACUGGCCCGUAUGGGCAGGGGUACCUUUACCUUUUUAAGAGCAGAAUAUAAAUUAUAAACAUUAAAUUUGAAGAGAUUGCAAGGAGUAUUGCAUCUUAUUUGAGGCUGAAUUGCUGUUGCUUUAAAAAAAAUAUUUUGUUACUUAUGUAAAGGAGAACUGGUAAUCAUAAUGAAUAUUUAAACUACUGUGAUACUGUUGUUUGAAAAUCUGUAGCUGUGUAAUCAGAUCAGUAGCUGUAUAAUAAAUCAAACCAAUGUAGUGGUAGUGCUGAAUAUUUAAACUAUACAUUGUUAUACUGGCUAGUUUGUGUUAGCAACCUUGCGUUUAGAUUUGUUUUAUUUAAAAUUGUACCCUGCUUUUUAAGGAACUUCCUCCACAGAGCAGUUAUGAUCUCAUAUAUAUAAUUCUACUUAUUCUGACAAUAAAACAUUCAAAAUUCAGUACAAUUAACCAAUAUAUCAGCAGAAAAAUAGAAUAGAAAACAAUGCAAAUAAUAAAAAACAGCAGUAAGACUAACAAGAAUUAAAAACUGCAGACAUCAACAUAUUUUCUGAGUGUAUGGUUCAAGAGCUGAAGGUCAUAAAGGAGGAAGAAUUCAGCUGUCUGCUUUCUAAAUACUUUUCAUAUGCGCAAGGCUGAAUAGAUGCUGUGUAAUCUGACUUUCAGCCUAGCAUGUCAACAAUCUUUAAAAUGUAAAGCUUCUUUUAAUUGUAUUCAGUUUCAUGUUCCCUAAAAUAUAACUCAUAUGGGCAAACUAAAGAAAUGAAUUCUUGAUGGUAAAUGUUCUGUAUUUUGCUGUAGUGAAAUAAAAGCACUUCCCAACCCUGCAAAUGCAUGUAAUCUUAGUUGGGUUGUCUGAAGUUUAAAGGAGAUCAGGUGACCAUUCCUAUACAUCUAUAACAUCUGAUAUCUCUAAUUAAAAUAUCCACAAAGAGGAGGCAAACAGCUUAUGUCUCAUUUACAAGAUAAAUCAGUUUAAGAAGGCAAGCAUAAUAGCUCGGCCAAGUCCAUAUUGUUGAAAAUAGCACAAAUAAUUGCCUUUAGAUAGAUACUCCUAAGUGUACAGUAUGGAAGAAUUAGCAAGACACUUGCUCGGAAUGAACUACAGUUUAAUUGUAGUGUUCAGCUCCCUUUAUUUCAGCAGACAUGGGCUUUCUUGGUAGUAAAUACCCCGUAUAGACCAUGUAAUUAAUACCCUAUGUAGAUAGCUAAUGCAUUUUUUCACAUUUAUAUUUUAAAAAUGCAGUGUCUGUAUACAUAGGAUAUAAAAUACAUAGUUUAUAUAGAAUAUAUAUUAUGAAGAAAGCUGGUAAUAUUAAUUACGUUUGAAUGAUAUUUCACAAAUUACUAAAGAUCACCACAGAAUUUGAUUAUAAACUGGUUAUAAAAGAACUAUGUUCUGGCUGCUUUAAUCUUUUUGGUGUCUGAAUUUAUUUCACAUGUAAAACAGAAUUUGGGUUAAUAAUAUUUGAAAGUAAAGUUGUGCUGGAAACCAAUUUGGACCAGAUGAAGUAUAUCUCUAGAUAAUGGUUUUCAGUAAUUGAAUUAAAGCUUCAUUUAUAUGGCACUUUUGUGGCUUCUCAAGGUAGAAUUAGACCUUAUGAAUGAUGCAAAAACUUUAGCCUUGUUCUACAUUUGCUCCUAUAGUGUCUAGCUGUAAAGAGUGAUAAUGUGUGUGGUUUCCCUGCUCUGUUUUAUUGAUUGGAAGGAUGGGGAAUGUUGAAAGAUUCAACAUAGAUAAAAGAAAAUACUUCUUCAUUCAGCAUACACUUAACUUCGGAACUUGCUCCCACGUGAGGCCACCAACCUAGAUGGCUUUAAAAGUUAAGACAAAUUCAUGGAGGAGAGGGCUGUUGCUGGAUACUAGCCAUGAUGGCUAUUCUCUGCCUCCACAGUUGGAGUCCAUAACGCUUCUGUGUAUCAGUUACCAGAAACCACAGGAGGGCAGGGUGCUCUUGUGCUCGGAUCCUGCUUAGUAGUUGGCUACUAAGAGAACAGGAUGGUGGACUAGGUAGGCCUUUGACCUGAUCCAGUAGGCUGUUCUUACAUUUUGCCUUAACCACAAUAUGUAGCUAAUGUUUGCUCCUGGCCCCUUAAAGCUUGGUUCUGUUCUCCAUAUUCUGAACGUUUAGAUUUGAUGAGCUUUGCUUUGCAUGCACAUGUAGUGUUUCACAUCUGGGCAGGAGCUACUUUUGCUGGAAGGCUUGUACAGUGGCACCUCGGGUUACAUACGCCUCAGGUUACAUACGCUUCAGGUUACAGACUCCGCUAACCCAGAAAUAUUACCUCAGGUUAAGAACUUUGCUUCAGGAUGAGAACAGAAAUUGUGCGCCGGCGGCGCGGCAGCAACAGGAGGCCCCAUUAGCUAAAGUGGUCUUCAGGUUAAGAACCUCCAGAACGAAUUAAGUACUUAACCCGAGGUACCACUGUACUGUAAUGUUUCUUCCAGUAUUUUAAUCACACCAUUUUUGAAGUACCAUAUCUGGAAGUUGGUACCACUGUACACCUCUCUUCUGGCAUGGCCAGGAGAGAAAGGGUGUAUUACUUUUGAGGUGUGUUUGGUUUGAGGUAUAAAUAAGGGCUCAUUUGCAUGUUUCAUUGUAUUGGAGUUUCUGAACCGUCUUCAGAGGCAGCCCCACAGGGUUGCAGUAAUCUGACCUAGAGAUUACCAGAGCAUAUACAACAGGAGUUAGGCUGUCCCUGUCUUCCAAAGAGGGGCACAGCAAUACUUUGUAUUGCUUACUGUAGGAAUGGCAGAGCUAGUGCUUUCCCUGCGCUGUUCUGCCAUCUGGAUCUUGUGUGUCGGUUUAUAAUUGAUCCACAGUUCAGCUGACCCAUCGUUUUAAGCUGCUGAAGACUCAUGCUUAGUUGUUAGAAGCACAUGUGAUGGCUCUGUGCCUGAAACAGCUUAGAAGCUAUUGGUUUGCUGAAGAAUUGUGUUUCAUUAAGCAGACUUCCCUUUGGAUUUAUGCAAGGGUAAUUAAACUAAUGAACUACUUGAUUGUGCUGUUAAUUUGCAAAUCAAGGCUUUGCUUGAAAAAUUGCUAUAGAAUCUAAAAACAAAUUAUUGUUUUAAAAUUAAACGUUGCUAAAUGUUUUAUUCUCAAGUUAAAUGCAAGAAGUGCACAGUUGCAUUCACACACAACUUUCUGAAAAGUAAACAUUUUGGCUUCUUGAAUUAGAGUCUUGCCGUACGUAUGAGACCUGUGCAGUUGUACUGUAAAGGUAAAGGGACCCCUGACCGUUAAGUCCAUUCGGGGGUUGCGGCGCUCAUCUUGCUUCACUGGCCAAGGGAGUUGGCGUUUGUCCGCAGACAGCUUCCAGGUCAUGUGGCCAGCAUGACCAAGCCACACUUCUGGCGAACUAGAGCAGCGCACAGAAACACCGUUUACCUUCCCGCCACAGUGGAACCUAUUUAUCUACUUGCACUUUGGCGUGCUUUCAAACUGUUAGGUUGGCAGGAGCAGGGACCAAGCAACGGGAGGUCACCCCAUCGCGGGGAUUCGAACCGCUGACCUUCUGAUCGGCAAGCCCUAGGCUCUGUGGUUUAGACCACAACGCCACCUGUGUCCCAUUAUCAAGUGAAUUUACUUCUAAUAUUCCUAAUAAAAUGCAGAAAGUUCAUCUUCAGCACCAAGAUGGUAUCUUAUGUGGAUAAAAGUAUUUAUUUAACAUUUUAUAUAUUUAAGGUGCUUAUAUAUCACUUAAUCAUUAACAUUUCUAAGCAAUGUACAUAAAAUUAUAUCCCAAUUCCUUACAAAGAAUAAGAACAGGGAAAAUUCAUCUCAGUCCUGAGCACUUCCUUUAAACAUCUAGUGAAAUAACAAAGUCUUUGCAUGUGCCAGCAGUUCAGCAAAGAGGAUGUCUGGCUAAUCUCAGUCUGGUUAGAGUUCCACAAUAAUGAAUGUAUUAUUUUUUUUAACUGAAUGCAUAGAUUCUAGUAGUUACAAGCUGUGCAUUUGAGCCAUGGAGGACCACCAACAAAGACUCCCCCAAGAAUCAUGAACUUGGGCUGGUAACUUUAGGCAGCCAGUUCAAGCUUUUAAGCACCAGUGUUACAUGCUGUCAGUAGCCUGUUCCCAUGAUCCUCAGGGUCCCUUCCAACUCCACAAUUUUAUGAUUCUAUGAUAAGCAGUUUAGCCACAAUAUUCUGCACUAGCUGGAACUUCCAGAUCAGGCGUGCUGGUAGUCCCACAUAAAGUGCAUUGCAGUAAUCAAGCCUUAAGGUUACCAAUGUAAGAAUUGCUUUGGCCAAAAAUGGUUGGAGCAGCAGCCAUACCUGCUAAAAUGCACUCUUAAACACUGAGGCUGCUAGUGUUACUUGUCAACAAAUUUAAUUUCUAUUUACGCCUUGAUUCUUGUACUGUGUCUAAUCCAGGAAGUCUGGAUUACAGCUAGUUGUGCAGUGAACAUGGUAUACAAUCUUUCAUAACUUAUUACUCACCCUUCUGCUAAUAUUUACUCAUGCCUCAACCUUGAAUCAUCUGCAGAAGUGAGAUAAUCUUUUUGGUCCCACAAGUGUGUUCACUAUUUAAAAGUGCAUUGCUUUUUAAAAAUCUCAGUUUUGACUGUGGUAAAACUGCCAAAUUUUCUUAAUAUAGUGUAGCAAUUGAGAAUUCCUUUUUUAUCUGCUGUCGUUAUUCAAUAUGGUGCCAGAGUUAGGUUUCAGAGUUACAAAAAAAAGUAUCACUGAUUUUUACACAGCUUGGAAUGUCAGUAUGGAUUUCCUAGUGCUUCUUUUCUAGGGGGAAAAAGUGCUGGUACUCACAUUAAAAGAUGGAAGUGGGGGCACAGGCAAGGGGAGGGGGCAGUGUAUGAGGGAGGGACAUAGCCUGAUUCAAAGUUUGGGUGGUGGAGGCAAGUUACCUGCUUGAUGCUUCCUUGCCCACCCACCUACCAGGGUGCCUGUCACCCAGGUGAAGAGGUCUUCCCCGCAGGGAGCACCAUCACUACCAUUGCUUACCUUCUGGCACCUGCUUUGGUGAGGGAAGCGUCUUUCCUGCCAGUGGGGCUCCUCAGGCCAGCUCCUCCCCUGUUCUGUGCUCUUAUUUUCUCUCUUUCCUGCGUCUGUCCCCAAGCUGCCAUGCAAGGAAAAAGAGGGAGGGCGCAGGAUGAGCAGCUUUGUCAAUGUGUGGUGUGUGUGCAUUGCCUGCAGGCUGUGGGGGGAGGAGGACACUUUCCUGAGUCCUUCCUGUGCUCUUCUCUGGGGGGGCGGCAGCGUGGAAGCCUCUGACUUGCCCAGGCUGCAUCUGAUCCUUCAUUUUAUUGUAGCUGCAAGGAGAAGCCCCAAGUUCACUCACUGCCACCACUUUGUGUGAUGCCUGGUAGAGUGAGUCUGAUGUUGCCAUCUUGUAUAUGAGUGCCAUUCUAAGUUGGGAGCUGAUCUGUUUGGUGGAGCAUUGAAUUGCCAUUGUAUAGUUCCUUUUUGGGCUGACCAGAAGAUUCACGAAACGGAUUGAAAUCCAGGUGUCUCGGAGUUCAGUUGGGAUCACACCAGCACAAGUAUACACAAAGAGUGUUGCUCUCAUGGACUUACUUCAGAACUGUUUGGACUGUUUGGCUUUGAGAUACUGAGUUGCGCAUGUUGUUAUCUUGGCACUGUAUGUAUUAUUUAAGAUUUCAUGUAAUAGACAGUAUGGAAAUGCUCUACAUUAUUGUUAACUGUUUUUGUGAACUACAUACAGAGUUGUCUAGUUUGUGAUUUAUGUCUCUGUAUUCCUUGGGUGUGGUAUUUAUGCACAGCUCUCUGAAGGUCCUGUCACAGCAUUUUGAUUAGGUUGAUGUCUGGACUUUGACUGGGCCAUUGCAAUGCCUUGAUUCUCCCCCCACCCCCAGCCAUUCUGUUGUAGAUUUGUUGGUGUACUUGGGAUUGUUGUCCUGUUGCACAACCCAAUUUCAACCAAGCUUCAGCUGUCAGGCAGAUGGCCUCACAUUUGACCGUAGUAUACUUUGAUAUACACAAGAUUCAUGGUCAACUCAAUGACUGCAAGGUUCCCAGGUCCUGUGGCUGCAAAACAAGGCCAAAUUAUCACCCCUCCAGCACAAUGCUUGGUAUUUGGUAUGAGGUGUUUGUGCUGAUAUGCUGUUUGGUUUUCUCCAAAUGUGGUGCUGUGCAUUAUGUCCAAACAUCUCCACUUUGGUCUUGUCUGUCCAAAGGACAUUGUUCCAGAAGUCUUAUGGUUGUUAAGAUGCAAUUUUGCAAACCUAAACCAUGCUGCCAUGUUCUUUUUAGAGAGAAGAAGGUUUGGCAACUCUUUCAAACAACCAUACUUGUUCUGUCUUUUUCUAAUUUUACUGUCAUGAACUUUAACAUUUAACAUGCCAACUGAGUCCUGUACAGCCUGAGAUGUAACUCUUGGGCUUUUUGCAAUUUCUUUGACCAUUGCAGAGCUUGACCUUGGGGUGAAUUUGCUGGAACGUCCACUUCUGGGAAGAUUGACAACUGUCUUGAAUCCCUUUCACUUUUGAAUAAUCUUUCUCACUCUAAAAUGAUUGACUUAAAAUUGGUGGUGAUGGCCUUAUAAACCUUCCCAGUUGUAUGGGCAGCAACAGUUGCUUCUCCAAGAGCAUUGCUGAUGUCUUUCAUCCUUAGUGUUGUGUUAAAACACACCUGAAUGCUCCCGACCAGCAAAUUGCUAAAACUUUGGAUUUUACAGAGGUGGGCACACUUGCUGAUGAUCAAUUAAGCAAGGGCAUUUGAUUACCAGCACCAGUCUGCUACUUAUCCUCUUAAUUUCUGUGGAAGCAGUAAGGGUAUACUUAGUUUUUCACACAUGGCUUCUUCAUUUUGGCUUUGUUUUUGUUAAAUAAAUCAUGACACAGUGUAACAAGUCAUAUGUUGCUGUUCAUCUGAGGUUGUAUUUACCUAAGUUAAAGACUUGCUAAGGAACAGAUGGUUGUUAUUACCGUAUUUUUCUGUGUAUAAGACAUGUAUAAGAUGACCCCUAAUUUUUUGAACCCAAAAUUAAGAAAUCAAUAUUUUUUUGUGGAGGUCACCCAAAGAGGGAAGUUAGCCAAAGUUGUUGACAUUUGGGGGCAAGAUCACCCUUGAGUUGUUUACCUUUUUUAAACCUUAGAAAGGGAGGGGGAUAGACAAGAACACCCCAAUUCUAGAAGUGAAAACAAAUCCCUACGCAGACCAUCUUGCCUAUAAUCUCCCCACACCAAUAAACCUAUUCCAUUUUCAGCACUUGGACCAAUAUGGUCAUCAUUGAAGGAUCCAAGGGAGUUUAUACCAGUCAAAUCUACAUCUGAAGGCAAGAUUAAGGUUUAUCAUGCUGUUAUCUCUGUGUUUCAUUGCCCUCUUGAUGAGCAUACUAGUUUUCUGCACCCAGAAGUUCAUGAAUGGUUUAUAUACUACCCUGUACCCAGAGGUCUCAUUACAAUUGUCACAACAUUGUCCAUACAAUUAACAUUCAGUCUUGCAGUUGGAUGAAAGCCCCAUAGAAACGUCCCACUGUAGGUCAGUCCAGGCCUGGACAUCUUGCCAAGUACUGGUUGUCAUUAUGUACUUUCUUGCUCGUUCCUGCUAGGCUGAUUUAUUCUUGCUGUUGAGCUCUGUCUUGUUUGCUCAUUUGAGUAAACUUCAUGCAGACUCCCAGAUAAAACUCACUGACCCAGCUACCAGCCUUGGGAUCUCACCCAGGUGGACUGCUGGCCAGAACUCAUGAUGACUGUGUUCUUUUGUACCUGUUCUUUUGUGAUUUGUAAAGCACCAUGCACACUGAUGCUGUAUAAAAUAAGAAUAUUAGCAUUCCAAAUAAGUAGCCCCUCAUAGGAUGAUGCUUGGUUUUUUUCCUCUUUGAUGUAUUUCUAACACCCUCAUUUUUGCUUAAGAUUCUUCUAAGCUACAAAGCAAAGUUAGCACUGUGACAAUGUUAGUAACAACCCUAAAUGAAAAAAAUCUGUCCCUUUGCCAGACCUUAUGAGAACUCCAUGGUGUGUGGCUUUUAUUUCUCAAUUACCGGUAUAUUGCAUGAGACUUCCUUAAUCAACUGAAUCAAAAUGAUUUAUACGGAUGUAAGACUGGAAAUUACACUCAGACUGUAAUUUCUUCAAAUCUUUAAUCUUUUCACUUUAACUACUUAAAGUGAAAGAAAAACAUACUUUUCUUUUAAGCAAAUGGGUGUGGUUCUAAGUUUCUGUUGUACGUUUUUCUAUGGUAGUAAUUUGGUAAUCUCUGUGUAAUUUACUAUGCAUUCUAAUUUAUUGUUGGAAUGGGGUCUAUCUUGUUCAAUCUUUUUCCUUAGGGGUACAAUGAUCAACAGUCAUGUGGGCAUCUAAUGUGGCUAGCAUAUUUUAACAUAUUGAGCUAUGCAGAGUCUAUAAAAGAUUAGGAGAAGAUUUUGCUUUACUUCAAGGAGCAUUUGGGAGAGAGAGUGAGUGCCAUUCAUUUCUUGGAGUAUGGUACUUAAGCAUUUUAUGUUGGUGAGAGUUUGAAGGGCUUCCUUACUUGGAGUCAACAGACUCCGCUGACAAAGAAACCUGGGCAGAUCCUUUCCCAUGUUCUGCUGUUGUGCAAGGUAAGGAGCAGAGGCAGGACUGGAAACUGCCCAGAGUGGCUGGGACAAGGAAUCAAAUGGGUGGAGUACAAGAAAUAAAUUAGUAGUAGUAGUAGUAGUAGUAGUAUUACUCCUCCUCCUCCUCUUCAUAUUCCAUCCAGUCUGAAAGUUUAAGAAAGAUUUUAUGCUUUCAAACCAUAGGUGACAACUUUUAUGAGCAGGGCUAUGGAAUCUGUGGUCCUCCAGAUGUUGUUGGGCUGUUGUACCCAUCAUCCGCGCCCAUUAGUUAUGCUUACUUAGCUUAUGGUAGUUAAAGUCUGACAAUAUUAGGAGGGCAGUAGGUUCCCUAUCCUUGUAUUACAACAGAUUUUGGCUGCUGUAGAACAGUGAAUCUUGAGUGUUAACAUAAUAAAUGGCUGUUAGGUUUACAUUUUUGAGUCAUGUGUUUUCCAAAGCUUUCUAUUGUGUGUGUUAGGAGGUUACCUAGCCUUUUGUCCUAAGUGAUUCACCAGUUCCCUCAAACCACUUGAGACUUGGUUGAAUACAACCCUAUGUAUUUCAUUAAAGUUAUUCUCAGAGCAGCUGCAUUAAAAUUAAUGGACCUCAGUUAGUCAUGUCCAUUAUUUUCAACGAGCCUGUUCCCAGUAGAACUAACAUUGAAUGCAACCCACAUACUUUAUUUUACUCAAGGGUGAUGUCUUUCUCAAAUGGGUUGCCUCUGGAUAGAUAUGGGAUGUACAUAUUCUUAGUGUUAUUUGGGUGGUUAUAAGAUUUUAAGGAAAACGAAGAGCUAUUAGCAUUCUUCAUGUUGUAAUUGCUAAAUAUCACAUAUAAUUCCAAUAGCUCUUCGUUUUCUGGGAAACAGUGAAAUAUGGCUAAAAGAUAUUUAGUAUUUUAGAAAGUGACUGCAAAAUUAUUGUAGUCAUAGCAGGCUUGCACAUAUUGUAGAGCAUAAUUGCUGAUUAUCAUAGUAAGGAAAACUUGUAUCUCAUUUUUUCCCAGGCUAUGGAUAAAAUAUUUGAAAGCACUGCUUUCACUGUAUUUGCUGUUUCUCUGUCUUAAUAAUGUGAUGCUCUAAAACUUGGUGAUCCAAAUUCAAUAUUCAGUAUAUGGACAGGGGUCUAUAUUGAUUAUAAUACACACAGAAAGGCAAAUUCUCCAGAGCUGUAGGCAGAGGUAAUGAGUGAGGUUUCUGAACUGGUGACUGGCAGAGGGGCCAGUGGAGGACAGAGGCAGGGUAAUAAUAGGGUAAAAAUAAAAGGCCAUUCUAAGGAUGCAGCUAAGUGCAGAUGGCUGGGUAUUUGAUGCCCAGGAACAACUAGGUUCUGAAAUAAGGAGCAAUGUUGUAACUGGGAGCAGGAGGAAAGAUGAAUAUUGUAUUUCUUUAACAUUUUAUGCUUGCUGCCCUGGGCUUCUCUGGCAGGAAGGAUGGGAUCAAAAGUUCAUAUUUCAUAGCAUUUGGAAACCAUUUUUGUCUUGAUGAUAUUUACAUGACUACUGCAUUUAUAAAGAAGUUCUCUUUUUCUGUAUAUCAGUAAAUUAUAUGAUAGUAAGCAAAUACCUCUGAAGUAAGGAGUUGUUUUUGUAUACCUGCUUGUCUUAAUAUGCCACUCUUUACUCCCCAGGCAUCUAUUAGCAAGUUAAAGGUGAUUGAACCAUGGCUCAGUUUCCAACACCUUUUGCUGGUAAGUAUUAGGAUCCCCCCCCCAUGCUUCUUGUUCAUGCUUGCUUUCCAGCUUCAUGAGGAAAAGAUAGUUGUGCGUGAACACACUAAUAAACUUAGUGUGUAGUUACAGUUGUUGAAAAAAGCACCCUACUGCUUAUAUGUGUUGAGUGUUCUUGGGUGGUUGUUGAAAGUGGGGGAGGCUGAUGCAGGGGAUGGCUGAAGGUAAAGGCAGCAAGAGGUUGUUGCUCAAAUAUAACCUGUGCCCAGGGGUCUGAUAAGAUUGUGUCAUACAAUUUAGAUGGGGGUUUAUGCCUUAAAUUAGUUGGGGCCCACCUGCUGAUCCAACUCUUCCACCUUUGCUGGAGAUUCACACAUUUUGACUGGCCUUGGUAGCCAGUUACUUUUUCCAAUAGUUAGAUGGAGAUCAGGCUUUUUGCUUCUUGUUCAACAGAGGCUACAGUAAAUGUCUAUUUGUUUUGUACCUGCUGCUGACUAGAGGGAUGUUAAAGGGUAGAGGAUGUGUGCAUUGUAACAACUUCUUCCCACCAACCCAUUCAGUGAUGCUGCAUCUUAGCAUAAGAUACAUCCUGAUGCCAUUUUAAAAGACUAAACCACUAUCUUCUUGUAAUACAAGAAUCUUUUUACUGUUUUGAUCACCAGAAUGAUAUUUAUGGUUGCCAAUGGGUUCUGGCAACUGUAUUCAUAGAUUCUAGAUCUUCAGCAGCAAGCUGUAGCUGUGUUGCUAGCAGCCUGUGUUACCAGCUUGCUGUAUGCACAGCAAGGAUAUAUGCUUAUUGGUCUCCUCUAUAACAGUUGCUGAGCUUUCCUUCCUUCAGCAUCCCAUGAGGCAAUGGGAGUUGUUUCAGCCACAGUGGUAGAGAGCUUUUUUUUGCAAGUCUAGCAGUGUUUAGAUUCUUCAUAGCACAUUGAGAAAAUAGCUGAUGCUGUCAUUAUUUGUAAAGCCUCUUUUCCCUGACAAUAUCUCAAUCUCUUGCUUGUGAAUUAGGCAACCUGGACAUCUGGGCUGUAACUGUGGAAGAGAGAGCUAAACAUGAUCAACAGUUCCACAGUUUGAAACCAAUAUCUGGAUUUAUCACUGGUAAUGCCAUAGCUGUCAUGUGUAAUUUCCAUUGCGAAAAUACCCACCAUCAUGCAAUUUAAGGUUUUCCUUGGGCUGCCCCAGAGCAAGCAUCCAAGAGGCAACUUAGCAAUGCUACCUGUUUUCUAAGACUGCAAGAAGAAGCAAAGGAAGUAACAGUCCUUAAAAAAUAUAUGGUUGAAGUGAAAUGUUUAUAGAUGCAUUGCCAAAAUGAAGUUAGGAAAAAUACAAAACUCAUUGCUGUGUGAUUUCUGUGAUUCUGAUCAUAUGUAUAGUUAGCUCAUAGAUUGUCUCCUAUUUUUCAUACUGGAAUCUUAAGUUCUAGAAUAAAUACGUUUCCGAGCACAAUUCAAAGUGUUGGCGCUGACCUUUAAAGCCCUAAACGGCCUCGGUCCAAUAUACCUGAAGGAGCGUCUCCACCCCCAUCGUUAUGCCCGGAAGCUGAGGUCCAACGCCGAGGGCCUUCUGGCGGUUCCCUCAUUGCGAGAAGCAAAGCUACAGGGAACCAGGCAGAGGGCCUUCUCGGUAGUGGCGCCCGCCCUGUGGAACGCCCUUCCAGCAGAUGUCAAAGCAAUAAACAACUACCUGACAUUCAGAAGACAUCUUAAGGCAGCCCUGUUCAGGGAAGUUUUUAACGUGUGAUAUUUUACUGUAUUUUUGGUUUCUAUGGAAGCCGCCCAGAGUGGCUGGGGAGGCCCAGCCAGAUGGGUGGGGUAUAAAUAAUAAAUUAUUAUUAUUAUUAUUAUUAUUAUUAUUAUUAUUAUUUAUAAUAUUACUAAAUAAAAGAGAAGCAGACUCUCUUGUGCAUGGGGGGAAAUGUGUUUGAUUCUUGUCUGUCAGAUUUGCCUCUUGCAUGGUUCUCCAUAAGCGGCAGAAAGGAGGAGCAGAUGUAGUAUGAAAGUGAGGCAGUUUGCUAAUAUAAAAAUGAUGGUUGGUGCCUCCAAACAUUUGGUUCUGCAAGAUCCACUCCAACUUCCUUUGGCCCUAUCAGCCAAUGUUUCUUCUAUUUGCUGCACCCCAGCUUCUUCAAUACAAGUGCCGCUUACUAGUCACAGUAGUAAAAUGUUCAGAGGUAGUAUACUUCUUAAUUCUAUAUACAGGGAUAAACCAAAGAGGAAUAAUGUUGUCUUCAUGUUGUGCUUGAGGGUCAACUAGUCCAACCCUCUGCAAUUCAGGAAUCUCAAUUAAAGCAUCCAUGACAAAUGGCCAUCCAAUCUCUGCUUAAAAACUCCUAGUGAAAGAGUCUACCACUAUCCGAGGAAGUCUGUGUCGUGUGGAGUUAAGAACUGUGUCGUGUUAAGAACUGUGUUGGACAGUUCUUAACCAUCAGGGAGUUUUUCUUUAUGUUUAGUCUGAAUCUCCUUUCUUGUAUGCAUUCAUAAUUUUAUACACCUUUACUAUAUUUCCUCUUUACUCACAUUUUCCCCACUAAGCUAAAUAACCCCAAGUGUUUUAAUCUUUCCUUAUAGGGAAGUCGCUCAAGCCCCCUUGAUCAUUUUGAUUGCCUUUUACUAGAAGGAAUGGAGGUUUUGAUCAGACUUAGAGUGACCAUAGCUGGUUAAAUAUUAUCCCCCAAAAUGUAACAAGUUGGCAGUUUUGCCUCAUUUCUGUGUUGCUGUGUCUUCUAGCCACACAUUUUUGAAUGAAAAGAACAUUAAUGCAUAUCCAAGUUUUAUGAGAAAUCGUCAUUCAUAUGUUUUAAGAACAGUUUCUGUGGAGAAAGUGUUUGCUUUCUCACUUUCACAAGGCACAUAAUUCUCAUAAAGGAAGAGUUGCUGCAAUGGAGAGACAGCAGGAACCAUAUGUUUCCCUUUUAUCUAAGCUGAUGUUAAUGCAAUGUGAAUUUCCUGGUAACUAAAGUGAGGAUGUUUCAGUUUGUAGUAAUGUGCAGUUCAGAAUUUGUUCACGUCCCCUUUAACACAUUUCAAUACAGCAUCUCAGUAUUCAUCUAAUAAAACGUAGUCUUUGGUGGCUGUAAUGUGGAUUUUUUUAAAAACUAGUGUGGCAUUGUAGCUAAGGGGCUUACUUGCGGACUUGGAAGUGCCCAGUUCAAAUCACACCCUCUUUAUUUGUUUAUAAUUUUUGUAUCCCAGAGGAGUUCACAUAAAUAAAGAUGAGAUAUAGGCCUGUCCCUCAACCUUACAAACUAAAAACACAAAGCAUGCAAGGGAAGGGAAGUAGAGGUAAAAGAAUAUUGGUUUGACAUUGCAAGGAAUAAAGAGCUAUAAUCAGACAACUACAUCCAGUUGAGCCACAGUGUUCUUCCCUUGCUGUUGGUUUUGCUUGGACAGCAGAGGUGCUGCUGAUAAUCCAGCCAUUGUUCCUCUUGUUAAGGCUGAGGCCAGAGAGUUCUUCCCUUCAGUCCUGCAAUCCCAGGGCAAUUGGUAGUUGGAACCAAGUUUUCUUUCUGGCACGGAGGAGGUAAGCAGGCACCAUACAGCUGCUCUUUCUCUGACUGAUGGGUGCGGCCAGACUGAACUUGACAUAGGGUUCUUUCUGAAGGUAGAGGCUCCUUCAAGGCAAAAGGGAGCAGAUUGCUCAAUUGCGUAAUCUCCCCUGUCUCCAGUUUAUAUAAUACAGUGGUGCCUCGCAAGACGAAAUUAAUCCGUUCCGCGAGUAUCUUCGUCUAGCGGUUUUUUCGUCUUGCGAAGCAACCCGAUUAGCGGAUUAGUGGUUUAGCGGCUAUUAAAGGCUUAGCGGCUUAGCUGCUAAAAGGCUAUUAAAGGCUUAGCGGCUUAGAAAAGGGGGGAAAGCGAAAAAAAUUCUCAAGACUCGCAAGACAUUUUCGUCUUGCGAAGCAAGCCCAUAGGGAAAUUCGUCCUGCGAAGCGCAUUGAAAAACAGAAAGCCCUUUCGUCUAGCGGGUUUUCCGUCUUGCGAGGCAUUCGUCUUGCAGGGCACCACUGUACUGAUCUACCAUACAUGCUUGGUAAAAGGCAGGGGCUUCUAUUAGCCCCAGCCAGGAUAUCCCUGGGUCAAGGAUGAUUGGAGUCAAUCAAGCGACAAACAGAGGGCUACAAGUUCCCCAUCCCUGGUGUAAGGAUAACUGGCAAUAUACUGAACACCCUAAAAGCGCAACCUAGAAAUUUUAUUUAUUGUACAUUGGUUCUCUUAUCAUUCUUAAGACAUUCCAUUUGAAAUACUUCCUCCUUUCUGACAGGUGAUCAAGCCAGAAACUUUUUUUUCCAGUCUGGGUUACCUCAACCAGUUUUAGCACAGAUAUGGUAAGUGUAAAUUUCAGGAGUUCAUUUCAGACAAAAAUUGCACAAGCAAUAUAUUAACUUUCUACAGUUACAUUUAAUCUAUUUUAUUCAAAGUGCACUUUUCAAGACUAGGACUUUUGUCAAAAUGGCUCUCAUUGAGGCCUUUGUGAAACCAUUUUUUUUAACAGUCCAAAGAACUAAUAGAAAUGAAGAAAUGAAAUAAGUGGUAAACAUGAAUACAGCAGUUGAGAAACUGCAUUCUGAUAUCUUUGUGUAGGCAGCCUUAAAUUAACCACCUUGAAAUACUUGCUGAAUAAGUAGAAGCAUGAUUCUAAAAUUAGAAGCCGAAAGAAAUUCUAUACAUGCAAGUUUUUUUAUUGUCUAGGGAAGAGCAACAAGUCACCUAAAGCAUAAGCUCUGACCUGCAAACUGCCUUUAUUUACUGAAUUUUAGGAUUUCUGUGUAAUUGCCUUUUAAAUAUGCAUAUCUGUUGAAGCCUUAAUAAAGUUCUGUCUUGGCACAUAACUUAUUUGCUAAGGACUGCUAUGUCACAAAAGUCUCUUUGUUUUAAAUCAAAGAUACUGCAAACAAAUUUGACAGCCAUGGUGAUGUGAAAGGUGGUUGUGCUUUAAGAUGAAAUAAAAAAAAAUUUUACAUUUGUACAGACUUGUAGAAUGUAUGUUGACAUUCUUAAAUUCUUGUAAAAUGUGUAGAACUAACAAACAGUAUAGCAUCUAUUACUUGAAUCCUUCUUUUACUGGCCUCUUACAGUAUUUGUAGUUGGCAAGCCAAUAAUCCAUUAAGAAGUUUCGUAUGUAGGCUUUCAAAUCAAACUGUAACGGUUCUGAAGACAGUAACUGCAUUUAAGUAGGUAUAAUCUGGAUUACUGGAUUUUUGCUUUACUAGGAUAAUUGUACUCCCUGAAAACCACUUGUUGGGUGUAUCCUUCCCUCUGGUGAGCAUAAUUAACAAAAGUUCCACGUACUUUCAGUAGCGCUGUUUGAGACCAAGCAGGUUAUACUUUCCUGAGUAGCUAAUGAAUUGUUAACAUACACUUCAAAUGAAAGCAAAGGUUUUAUUUCAUCAUAGUAAACAAGGUGGUAAUUUAUGGCACUUGCAGUUUGAAAUGAGACACAUCGCUUAAUGUGCUACAUUUCAAACAUUGAAAAUGGUAGAUACAAGACUUCACCAGAGCAGAGUUCAUAAAGUAAUAAAUAUGUUACUGGAUUUAUUGCCAUAGAUUGCUGAGGUUUCCGUGACCAUUUCUCUAGACUGUGGCUAUGAUCUAUCCUUGUGAAAAUGUUACCUGGGAAGGAGCAAAAAAAGCUGAUAGUAGCAUGAAGAAGCAUAGCCAGAAAUUAGGGCAUUCCUCUGAGCGCAAUCACUCAUUACAUUCCAGAGACACAGCUCAACCCAUUAUGUGUAUUGGCCUUUUCUACACUCAACCUCUUCACCAUCAGGAAAGUAGUGGGUAUCACUUGGUCUGUAUUGUGUCUUGUUUUAACUUGGUGUCUCUUUGACAUCCCUGUCUGUCCUUGGAGACAAGGGGGACCUCAGUUAGGGGUUUCCAAGUAGAUUUCUGAGCACUAUUUGCAUUGAUGGAUGACCAUUUACAUUAUAACUCAAUUACACACAGGUCUUACUAUCCAAACAUAACAUGUCCCCAGGAAAUUGAUUGUUAGAUGAGUGUUCACAUAAUUAGCUGAUGAUUUCAAUUAUUUCCUAUGGAAACAUUUCUUUUUUCUUUUCUUUUUUGCCAAAUAAAUUUUUAUUAGUUUUCUAAUAUUACCCCAAUAUUACCCCAGUUGUACAAUUUAUACAAAUACAAAUAAAUUCCAAAUACAUGCCAAUUAUCCUAUGGAAAAUUUGUAAUCCAUGAUUUGUCCAAUCUCCCUCCCUCCCUGGUUUCCACCCCAAACUGCUGCAGCCAACUAGCUCUGAUUUGUCACAUCUCUCCCUUCCCUUUCUCCAUGGUUUCUGCCCAAAAUGGCUGCUGCCAACCUGCAAACAGAAAGAAGUAAGGACGUGGUCAUUUUGGAUAACAAGUGCUCCGAUAGCAGGACCUGUGUGUAGUUGUAAAAUGGUGAUAGAAGUACAUCUUAAAUAUUAAGUAGAGAUCUAGAAAAUUAGGCUCUGGGGUAGAUAAUGAAACCAUGGAAGGGAAAGCGUUUUGAGACACAACAAUGGAAAAUACAACACUCCAGUAAAACUGAUUAAACUCAGCGGAACUUACUGCUAAGUAAAUCUGCACAUGAAGCUGAGUCAAAGCAUUGGUCCAUUUUGUUCAGUAUUAUUCUCGAGUGGACACUAGGACGCCACAAACUGGUUUGUAAUCCUUCAGUCACUUAAGUGGGAAAUAAUGUCAUCACUUCAAGGGAAUCUGAGUCAUCUCCUCCCUUGGCGUGACAGUUCGUUUUUCCUGCCUCACUUGAAGCAGACCUGUUUUCGCUGAUGCUCUUCUGGUCUUUUGUUCUGGUUCAGUGUGCGAUCUUUGUUUUGGUUCAGAGUUGUGAGCUUUGUCACUGGGUGUACAAGUGAUUCUGUGUUGAGGAUUUUGGUUACAUUUUCCUCUCAGUGUCCCCGCCUUCAAGGUUCUUUCUUUCUUCAAGGUUCUGUUUUUCUGUCUAAGGUAUUUUCUCUGAAAGUCUGUGUUUUGCUGCAUUUUGUGGUGUCUGUGUGAGAUUCACCUACAACUAUGUAAUUGAUUUGUUUCCUUGCUGAUUAUACAGUUGCUUUUAACACUUUCAUAGAAUCAUAGAAUCAUAGAGUUGGAAGAGACCACAAGGGCACUUAUUGCACUGUUUUUAGCUGAGGAGGGCAGGGCUUUUGAACCUGGGAACUUUUGCAUUCAAAGCAUUAUGCUUUGGCUCCUCCCCUAGAGUAAGCAUGUUGUUUUUGAAAAGGAAAAAGGUUGAGUAGCGUUAUAUUAAAUACAAACAUGAUGUGUAUCUUAAAUAGCACUCUAGGUUUAGGGCAGGCUUCCUCAACUUUGGCCCUCCAUAUGUUUUUGGCCUACAACCCCCAUGAUCCCUAGCUAGCAGGACCAGUGGUCAGGGAUGAUGGGAAUUGUAGUCUCAAAACAUCUGGAGGGCAGAGGUUGAGGAAGCCUGGUUUAGGGUCAGACUUUGAAGUGUCCUUAUACUCAAGUCAAAAUGAUGUCAGUCUUUCAUCUUGAAACAUAUGAAAACUGGAGGGAGGGAAGACAAACAAAUCACUAAAUGGCAGUAUUACACUAUUCCUGUUGUAACCAUGAUCUUACAAUUUCUGUGAAAUCUAAUACCACCUUCAUUUGUGGAAAAACGAAAUAUUUUUAACAUCAGAUCAUUUCCUGGACUUUGUAUUUCCAUCUCCCCUUUUGCAGCCACAAUACUCUAGAGUCACUGACAUCUAGUUCACCUUUGACUGAGGAAGUUCUCAGUCUAGAAGGUGAUAAAACAGGCUUCCUUGAGGUUGUUUACUAUGUUAAACAUUCAAGCUGGAUUUGAUUAGUUGGGCUGACUAUUUUAUACUUGUGUUUUCUGUUAGGCAAUAGUACUGUUUGCAUAGUCUUAAAUAGUUGUUUUCUCUGCAGGGCAUUAAUUUAUGGAAUUGGUAGGAAAUGCAGAUGAAGUAAAAACAUUGCACCUAAAUAAUAUGAGGAAUAAUAACUUUAUGGACAACUUGAGACUAACAUCAAAAGAAAAUAAUCUGAUACUAAAUUUUCCCUCCCUCCUUCCUCUUUGAUGUUUGGGCAUGUAUACCUGCGUCACAACAUAAUGUUUUUGUCCACCACUGCUCAGUGUUACUGACUGCUGAUGGUGGACAAAAGGAAACAUUUUACAUCUUUUGGAAGGGUGUGCAAGUCAUGAAUUACCUUUAUUUGUAUGUAGGGCUCUGGCAGAUAUGAACAAUGAUGGGAGAAUGGACCAGCUGGAGUUUUCUAUCGCUAUGAAACUUAUCAAACUAAAACUUCAAGGUUAUCAGCUUCCUUCUGCAUUGCCUCCUAUUAUGAUACAACCUCCCAUUGCCAUUUCUACUGCACCAGGAUUUGGUAAGGGCAGACUUCAUUUAUGUUUAUGUGGUAUCUUACUUGCCUUUCUCCCCUCCCUCCCCCAUUUCUUGAUGCUCUAGUCAACUCUCAAAAGUCAUUGCAAAAGUCAUAGUAAUAUCAAGUGCAACAUUGAUCAGAGAUACUAGAAGAGGAAGGGACACGGGUGGUGCUGUGGGUUAAACCACAGAGCCUAGGACUUGCCGAUCAGAAGGUUGGCGGUUCGAAUCCCCACCACGGGGUGAGCUCCCGUUGCUCGGUCCCUGCUCCUGCCAACCUAGCAGUUUGAAAGCGCAUAAAAGUACAAAUAGAUAAAUAGGUACCACUCCAGCGGGAAGGUAAACAGCGUUUCCGUGCGCUGCUCUGGUUCACCAGAAGCGGCUUAGUCAUGCUGGCCACAUGACCCGGAAGCUGUACGCCGGCUCCCUGCUCCCUCGGCCAAUAAAGCGAGAUGAGCACCGCAACCCCAGAGUCGGCCGCGACUGGACCUAAUGGUCAGGGAUCCCUUUACCUUUUACCUUUACUAGAAGAGGAAACACUACUAAUUUUGCUUUUUGAUUGCAUUCAGCAGUCCAAGGAAUUGGGUUUUGUUUUGUUUUGUUUUUUAGUUUCCUGCCUUUUUUCCUUAUAGUGUACAAUAUUUACACCAAUAAACUAGUUUUUUGGCCUAAUUCAGUUUACUUCAUACUUAACCACCACUCUGCAAGCAGUUCUUCCAGCAUAUUAGUUUAUUCUCACUUUUAAGAUCUUCACAUUUUAAUCUUUUAAGAGUAUUUAUUUUCAGUCUAAUACAGAGUAAACCCAAUUUCUAUAGGAGAUUCUGAGGUGGUUUUGAUAGCAUUGCAUUUGAUUUGAUGGAACUGAGUGCCCUCAUGGAGUCAGCUUAGCUCCCUGGUGUACUCCAGGGCUUAGGACAAGGAAAUAAGCUGGGUAUUGCAUGCAUGAACCUUGAGUCCUGCACUCCACUCUGCUCCCCUGGUGCAACAGCAAGAAAGAGACUGGCAGACCUUGCUUUGUUUUCAAUGAAAAGCAGUUACAUUCUUGCAUACAAACCCAAACAAUGGUUUAGACCUAACUUUGAAUGAUUAUGAAGUUGUCUUGUUUCAAUAUCUCCAAGUUAAGUUAUUGUUACUGUCAAACAUACUAAUAAGCAGAAGCUAGUUGAAAAUGGAAGUGAAAGUUUCCAACCUCUUCCUAGUAGCCAUGUUGGUAGAAGACACAAAAGAGGUAGUUGGCAAACCCAAGGCCAUUCAACUUGUAAAUGAUGGUAACUAUGAAAAUCUCUCUCUUCUAGGUAUUGGGGGCCUACCCAGUAUGCCUCCUCUUACGGCUGUUGCUCCAGUGCCAAUGGCGUCUAUUCCAGUAGUGGGAAUGUCUCCACCUUUAGUAUCUGCUGUUCCUACAGCAGCUGUGCCCCCCCUUGCUAAUGGAGCACCAGCUGUUAUACAACCUCUACCUGCUUUUGGUCAUCCUGGUAAGCUGUGUUACUUGCAGUAUCAUUCUAGUGUUCUUUUUCUCUCCUUAAGUAUUAUUUUAUCUUUUGACUCUUUUUUAUUUUUGCCUUUUCUUGCGUAUAGUUUUUUAUUGUUUUUAAAAAGUGCUUUUGUUGUAAGCUGUCUUAGUGCCUAUUUUAAAACAAAAGGCAGCAUGCUAACCUAAAAAUCAAUUCCUUAAGUUAACAGCUUGUCCUUUACUUACCAAAAUGCAUUAUGUAUCAUUAAUUGGUUGACUGUACUUUAUAUUUAAUUGCCCUGACCUGAAAACAUAAUUGUUCUAUUUCAGCCACAUUGCCAAAGAGUUCUUCCUUCAGUAGAUCUGGUGCAGGGUCUCAGUUAAAUGCAAAACUGCAAAAGGCACAAUCAUUUGAUGUACCUGGGUAAGUAUGACUGUUUUCUUUUUCUUUUUAACGCACUUUGGCAGCAUUGUUACAGGUGACAGUCCUGCAGCUACUCAGACACAAUGUUCCCAUUCAGUUUAAGGGGAUUGGUUGUUAAUAAGUGGUUUCAGAGAUGUAUUCAUAGUUUAAAAUAAAUCAGAUGCUCUGUCAUGUUUGAUUGUGAUGGAAUGAUAAUGGGAUAACUGUCUCUGUUUUAUAACUCCAGUGCAUCUCCAGCAGCAGAAUGGGCUGUUCCGCAAUCAUCAAGACUGAAAUAUAGGCAGCUUUUCAAUAGCCAUGAUAAAACAAUGAGUGGACACUUAACAGGUAUUCUUUCGUUUUUAAUUUUAAAAAUUUGUGGACUCUGCUAAAUGUGUUAGAGAUUGUGUAGCGCAGGGGUUAAGAGGCAGGUCCAUCAAUGUCUCUUGGCCAUGAUACUGAGAUGAAAUUUCCAGAUUCAGAGGCAACCAGUUGCUGGAGGAACAAACAGCCGUGGAAGGCUUUUAUGCUCUGCUGUGAGUCAACAUCUAGUUGGCCACUGCUGGAUAUAGGGUACUCUACCAGAUGGGCCCUUGAUCUGAUUCAGAGUCCCCAAUCUUCCAUUUUAUGAAAAUCUUGAUGUUGAGCUUAUCUGCAUAGAUUAUUUUUUUCUAAAUUUUGUUUUGUUUCUUAAUCUCAGAAGCAAGCUUUCUCACUUCCUAUUAUACUCAAAAUAUGAAUAAUUUUUACCUUAUGAGUUACUAUAAUAUUAUAUACAUAUACACUCUAAGUUUUCUAAAGUAACCAGCACAUAAAAAUAUACAUACACCUGUGCAUAUAACUGUAUAAAAAUGUGCAUGUAUUAAUAUACUUAAAAAAUUAUGCUACAGAUAUAGUUUCUUUCUUUGGAGAUCACUCGUGGCUGAGUAAGAUUGUCUUCCAUGAACAUGGUCUUAACGAUGUGUGCGUAAGUGACUGUGGAGGCCAAUUCUGGAUUCACAUGACCUUUCACAGUGGGGACAUAGGUUUCCGGGUGGGAGUUGAUCACAGUGAGGAUUUGCCAGGCAUGCCUUCAUCUUAGCUCAUUCCUCCUUUUUGUCCUGAGUUUGUGCUUCUUCAAAGUGCAGAAAUAGUACAUCAUGGAGCUUGACUCAUUUAUACUAUUUAUGUGUAUAAUAUAUGUACCGUAUUUUUCGCCCCAUAGGACGCACUUUUUCCCCUCCAAAAAUGAAGGGGAAAUGUGUGUGCGUCCUAUGGGGCGAAUGCAGGCUUUCGCUGAAGUCUGGAGAGUGAGAGGGGUCGGUGCGCACCGAUGCCUCUAGCUCUCCAGGCUUCAGGAAGCUAUCUGCAAGCCUUGCGCGCCCGGCGGGACCUCCCGCCAGGCGUGCGAGGCUUCGGGCGGGUGUCCGCAAGCCUUGCGCGCCCGGCAGGAGGUCCCGCCGGGCGCAAGGCUUGGGUGGCAGCUGCCACCGAGCACGGGAGCCCUCUGAGGCUCCCAUGCUGGCGGUGUCCUCAGCCGCCCGGCAGGAGGUCCCGCCGGGUGUGCGAGGCUUGGGGCGGCAGCCUGCCGCCCGAAGCACGGGGAGCCCUCCGGGGGGCGCCCCGUGCUUUGGGAAGGUGUGCGCAAGGCUUGGGGCUGCAGCCGCGGCUGGGGGGGGGAAAUAAUUUUUUUUAUUCAUUCCCCCCCCCCAAAAAAAAACGAGGUGCGUCCUAUGGGCCGAUGCGCCCGAUAGGACGAAAAAUAAGGUAAUUUUUUUAGCAUACAAUGAGUCAGGCUUUUAAAAAACACAGCAGAAAAUAUAUGAGCAGCUCAGACAUAAGCAGACGCUUGAUACAAGACGUAUCAAGCUCAGUAGGGUCAGAGCUGCCAAAUUCCACGUAUAAAUCCUACUCUCAGCUAUCUAGGUUGAUUUAGGCAAGCUGGUAUUUGUGCAGCUUCUCUCCCAUGAGCGGGCGCCCGCGCAAUUUCCAGCAUCUGUGUCUGCGCAGACGUGAUUUCCGGCACCACGAAAGUGAGUCCCCACGCUGCAUUGCGCUGGUUUAGCGCAGCGCGCAGAGACUCACCGAGCGGGCGGCUCAGUUCGGGGGCAGCUCAUGGGCUGGUAAAAUGACCCCCGUGGGCCGCUUGUGGCCCGUAGGCCUUAGGUUGCCGACCCCUAUGGCCCUGUCCCCAGGAAGUCACUAGGUUGGUCAUUCACCUGCUCGCUGUGUUCAGACUUCCCUUGACAUACCUGUUGCUACUACAUAUAUGGGUGGAGGCAGACUUCCCCUAGAAUCCACCCAGGCCAGAACACAGUUAAUUAAAACAAAAACAAAUAUUUAAGGAAGAUAACAUCCAGAAAAAGUAAUCAUUUUUACAGGAUACUCGGAGUUCUGUUAUGCUGUUCUAACAUAAAUCUCUUUACUGAUGGUGCUAUUAUAUGCUUUCAUUAUCUCUCUCACCUGGUUCCCUCUUUCUUUUUGUAUCUUCAGCCACUAUUCUUUUCAACUGUCAUUUUUUGACUGUCAUUCUCCUUGUUACUCACUUGAACUCCACCCAGCAUUCUGUCCCACUGCCCUGCUGUCAAACAUUCACUCUUCUGUCACAAAUCCCUACGCAGUUUGGGUCCUGAUUAUCUAGAGAACAGCUUAUCUUGUGUAUGUACCAUCUUCACUCUUGGCAGCAUUUUGAUUCAGGCCCCGCUCUGAAUUCCUACGAAGAGGCCAAGUUUGCCUCCACUUCCUCUUCUACAGUGUUUUACUUUUUAGUUAGUUAGUUUGAAAAUAACUGCUUUCUUCUCUAGCCUUUGUAUUGUUAUUGUGGUACGGUAUUUUAAUGUCACACAGUUGUACCUUGGACCCCGAAUUCCUUGCGAUUCGAAUGUUUUGGCCCGCAAACGCCGCAAACCUGGAAGUGAGUGUUCCAGUUUGCAAACGUUCUUUGGAACCCGAAUGCCUGACGCAGCUUCCGAUUGGCUGCAGAAGCUUCCUGCAGCCAAUCGGAAGCUGCACCUUGGUUUCUGAAUGUUUUGGAAAUCAAACGGACUUCCGUAAUGGAAUCUGUUCAACUUUCAAGGUACCACGGUAUUGGUUUAUUUAGAUUGUAUUUUGGGUGUUUAUGUUUGUAGUUUAUGGACAGUAUUUGAAAUUAAUAAGAAACAGAGUAUAUAACUAUGUAAAUAUUGUUGGGUUGAGGACAUUGUUGGGUUGGUGUGGUAACUGGCUAUGACUUAGGGCUGCUUCAUGAGGACCACCAAAUGUACAGCUUCCCCACAGUAAACUCUGUGGCAACUCAAAGUGUAAAAUGCUAUAUACAACUUCACUCAUUAAUUAAUUACGCGCAUCUACCUUUCCCAUAAAAUUAGAUUGAUAGCUUUCAGAAAGGUAGAUAUUGGAAGGCUUUAUUUCUGUUGCAAUUUAAAAGAUUGACCCAGUGUUACUGUUUAUGUUGAAAAUAGAUACUGUAAGAUCUUAAAGGUUUAUCACAUAAGUGACUGUUUUGAAAAUCAAAUACUAAAAUUUGAACAUUUUGUCAGUUUCAUGGUCUUAUGUUUCCAAUGCUUUAGGUCCACAAGCAAGAACUAUCCUUAUGCAAUCAAGCUUACCACAAGCUCAAUUGGCUACAAUAUGGUAAAUAUUUUUCAUAAAAUUGCGCUUUAAGCAUCAGAGCUACUUUAAUUCUCCAUAUCCUUAAGUUUUUUUCAGCUGUCUUCCUUGUUGUUAUUAAUAUGACAGUUUAGUCUGUACUUGGCAGGGCUUUCCAGAAACAGAGCUUAUCCCACCCUAAGAAAGUAUACUGUAUUUUUCUAGGAACAGGUGUUGUAGAUUGUGUUUUUUCUUGGUUUUGAUAGUGGGCAAAAACUCCAAACAUGUAAUUGGAUCUUUUUUCAAUAGGAAUCUUUCAGAUAUUGACCAGGAUGGAAAACUUACAGCAGAAGAGUUUAUUUUGGCUAUGCACUUAAUUGAUAUGGCUAUGUCAGGACAGCCAUUGCCACCUGUCUUGUCUCCGGAAUAUAUUCCUCCUUCAUUUAGGUAAAAUUAUUAUAGCUUUGAUUUUGAUCCUGAACCGUGAUUAAUUAGAAGAUUAUUUAUGUUUUUGCUUGAUUUCUGAAAAAUGCAUUAAGAAAAGGUUAAUGUUAUGAUCUCCUGUGUGCAUUAUGCAAAAAACGAGCCAUAUUCCUUUAUGUUGAAGUUGGUUGUUCUCUCUGUCAAAAUUGUACUGAAGAAUGGUAGUAGUUGUUAUUUUUGAGUGAAUGUAUCAUUUUAAGUUAGCUAAAUUAAAUAUUUCAUUAGGCCAGCACACAUUGACUGUGUGUAUUGAAGACUGCUUUUCUUUAGCCUGGAUUGAAAUAUUCAUGGCAUUGUCCCAAUCAUUAAUCAUGAAUGCAAAUUGUAGUGUGUCAUGGCAUCACAAAUCCUUUUACAGUUGUGGCAGUAUGAAACACUGACAUGCAAUCUCAUAAUGAAUUCACUGGAUGACCUGUUUGCAUCAAAGGCAAAGAAACUAAAAAACAAGAUGUGUGCAGUAGUUGUGUGUCUAGGGCCACAGUAGAAAUUGCCUCCUAUAGUGUAGUAUUUACAUUGACUGUGAUUGGUCAUACGAUUGAUUCACACAUGCACAUUCACUUGCCCAGUGGUAGCUUGCAAAUUAAAUGCACCAUCACAAACAGAAUACUAUCUCUCAAACCCACCACAAUGUAAGCGGAAUUGGUUUAUAUAUGAAUUAAAUGGUGAGGAAUCAACAAAUGUAUAUGUAAACUGGCCUGUUGGUGGCUUUCAAGGCAGGCCUUGUUGAGGCUUUACUUAUGCCAAACUGUACUGAAUUUUAAUUUUAUAUGAGUAAGUUAGUAGCCUGCACAGCAGUCUGACUCGGUAACUAAAUUGUAAUGGAAUUAAUAACAGAAGCAUUAUUCAUAUACACAUUUUAACCUACUAUCUCUUCCUGACAGAAGAGUUCGCUCUGGCAGUGGUGUAUCUGUUGCAAGCUCGGUAUCCACAGACCAAAGGUUACCAGAAGAACCAGUGUUAGAAGAAGAACAGCAGCAAUUAGAAAAGAAAUUGCCAGGUGAGUGUUGUUGUAAAUAAGCGCACUUUGACCAUCUUUUGGGGAGACACUAAAACAUUUAGGAAUCGGGGUGGGGUGGGGAAUGCCACCUGGAGUCAACAGGUGAAGUGCUGUCAUUCCUGGAAGGUCUUAAUUAAAGAUAGCCUCAUAUGUUUCAUAGGAAUUAGUUCCUAUUUAACUGCUUUACACCUUUACAAUGACCAGUAUAAUAUACAGAGAGGAACUGCAUGUCUGUGCCUAAGAGUUGUGACUAGCAAAACCCGUUACCUUCCACAAAUUAUUGUAAUCAACAUGGAGGUGAAUUUUUAGCAAAUGAGAAGUUUUCCUAUCACACUCCAAGUCCAUUUAACUUCAAAACAUUUUAGAAUAUUUUUCUCUUGUGUAACCAUCUGUAGGAAUACUGAAAUGAAUGAAAAUAGGAUGUUUGCUCAAAUUGUUAAUAUUUUAAAGUCAAUUCCAGUUGGAUAUUAUAGUAUUAUUAUAUUAUAUUGUAUUGUAUUUUGUUUUGUAUUGUUUUGUAUUGUAUUGUAAUAUUUUGUGUGUGUGUGUGUGUGUGUAUGUAUAUCUCACCCCCCCCCCAAAAAAACCCUGAUUUCUUACUGUAAUUCUUUUUCUUAAAGUAACGUUUGAAGAUAAGAAACGUGAGAACUUUGAACGUGGCAAUCUAGAGCUUGAAAAGCGGAGACAAGCCCUUUUGGAGCAGCAAAGGAAAGAGCAAGAGCGCCUUGCCCAGUUAGAAAGGGCAGAGCAGGAGAGGAAAGAGCGUGAACGGCAGGAGCAGGAACGGAAAAGGCAACUGGAAUUAGAAAAACAGUUAGAAAAACAGAGAGAGUUGGAACGCCAGAGAGAAGAGGAAAGGAGGAAAGAAAUAGAAAGGCGUGAGGUAAAUGGACAAUUUCAGAAGAAAUACCUACUUGUCUAAAAACAAAUUUUAAAAGGUAUAUUGGGGAAUAUUAUGCUUUCUUCAAAAUGUGUACAAAGUGAAAUCAUUUUUUAAAUAAAAUUAGAAAUGAUCUAAUGUCAGUGCAACAUUUUCUCAGGAAGGGUGUAGGUUACCCAUUUCUUCAAUUACCCAUUUCUUCAGUUGGAUCUGAUAAAUGAUCAUGUGAGUUUUGAGACUAUGUUGAAUUAAAUCUACAUAGAUUCAUGUAUGCUCCCUUGAUAGCUACACUGUACAAUACUGGCUAUUCCUUAGCUUUGGAACAAAACUGAAACUCCAGAUUUUGACCUUUUUAAAGCCCUGCACACCUUGGUUCCACGUUACGUUAAGGACUGCCUUCUCCUGUAUAUACUCCUGCAUAUUUUAUGAGUAUCCAAGGAGGCUCUGCUUUGAAUUCUCUGCCACCACUUCCUUCAGAGUUAAAACAGGUGAUUUUUCUCUCCACUGUAGAGCUUGCUUCCAUGAGUGGCCUCCCAGGCUUGUUUAUUGGGCUUCUGGUAGUGUCUGGCAUGUUUAGGAUCAUAGUACUACAGUAUAGGGUUUGGAGGGACCUCGAAUCUCAUCUAGUCCAGCCCCCUGCAAUGCAGGAAUCUCAACUAAAGCAUGCAUGGCAGACAGUCAUCCAGCCUUUGCUUAAAAGAGGAAGAAGAAGAAGAGUUUGGAUUUGAUAUCCCACCUUUCACUCCCUUUAAGGAGUCUCAAAGCGGCUAACAUUCUCCUUUCCCUUCCUCCCCCACAACAAACACUCUGUGAGGUGAGUGGGGCUGAGAGACUUCAAAGAAGUGUGACUGGCCCAAGGUCACCUAGCAGCUGCAUGUGGAGGAGUGGAGACGCGAACCCGGUUCCCCAAAUUACGAGACUACCGCUCUUAACCACUACACCACACUGGCUCUCUAAAAGCUUCCACCACUUUCCAAGGGGAGUCUGUUACACUGAAAUAGCUCUUACAAUCAGAAUCUCAUUCUUUGUAAGUUGAAUCCAUUGGUUUGGGUCCUGCCCUCCAGAGCAGGAGAAAACAAGCUUGCUCCAUCUUCCAUGUCACAGCCAUUUAGAUAUUUAAAGAUGGCUCUCAUGUGUCCUCUCAGUCUCCUCUUCUCUAGGCUAAACAUACCCAACUCCUUUAACCGUUUCUCAUAAGGCUUGGUUUCCAGACCCUUCAUCAUCUUGGUUGCUGCCCUCUGCACACAUUCCAGCUUGUCAAUAUCCUCCUUAAAUUGUGGCGUCCAAAACUGGACACAGUGCUCCAGGUGUGGUCUGACCAAGGCAAAAUAGAGCAGGCUAUUGCUUUCCUUGAUUGGGACACCAGACUUCUGUUGAUGCAGCCUAGAAUAGCAUUACCUUUUUUGCUGUUGCAUCACACUGUUGACUCAUGCUAAGCUUGUGAUCUACUAAGUCCCCUAGAUCCUUUUCACAUGUACAAUUGGCAAGCUAGGUGUCCCCCGCCUUAUAUCUGUGCAGCUGGUUCUUCCUGCCUAAGUGUAGAACCUUACAUUUGUCCCUAUUCAAAUUAAUUUUGUUAGUUUUGGGCCCAGUUCUCCAAUCUGUGAAGGUCAUCUUGUGAUAUUUAUCGUGGUGGUUUAGCUUGUAAGCUGCUUUGAAAGACUGUUUGGACUAAAUGUAUUGAUUUAAAUAGAAUAAAGAGCAGUCAGCAUAACUAGUUGACUAGUGUUUUAUUUGACCCAAGUUCCCUUUUCUUUCAGUUAUGGAAAUUAAUAUGAGAAAUAUUCUUAGUAACAUACAACAACCCUCUAUAACAGGGGUAGUCAACCUUUUUAUAUCUACCACCCACUAAUGCAAUUUUCUUGAUGGUAAAAUUUCCUUACCGCCCACCAGUGCUCGAUGGAAGGAGGAUUCAGCUUGUGCCGCAGAACCCCCUACAGCCCACCUAGAAUCCUGAAACGCCCACUAGUGGGUGGUAGGGACCAGGUUGACAACCCCUGCUCUAUAACAUGAAACUGCUUGGAAGUGGAAUAAUGUUUCAAUAGCCUCUUAACCCCCCCCCCCAGUGCUUUGUAACUCCCUUCCCCCGCCCACGUAAAUCUUUUACUCCAGGGUAGUAGUAACAUUUGAACCAGGAUAUUAUCAUUUGAAUGCAGGAAUUCUCUUACCUGUCCGUUCCACAGACAUUCUCUAUUGAUGCAAUUUCCAGAAUAGCAAUGUGUUUGUUUAUGUACUCACAGAAUCUCCUGGUUUAGAUGAUACUUUGUACAUGGUGGGAAAGGGAGAACUUAGAGAAUGUAUAGAAGCCCAGAAUCCAUUCAGUCUUGUUACACAUAAAGGGAUGACAGGAAGCGGUACAUCUGCUAAAUUGCAAAGUUUGCAUUUGAAUGGCUUGUAAUGUGGCACAGAUUACAAAAGUCUACAAAUUAUGUGUACAUAAUUUUAAUCUUCUAUAGGCUGCAAAAAGGGAACUUGAAAGACAAAGGCAACUUGAGUGGGAACGCAAUCGGCGGCAAGAGCUCCUGAAUCAAAGGAACAAAGAGCAAGAGGAUAUAGUUGUUCUGAAAGCUAAGAAAAAAACAUUGGAGUUUGAAUUAGAAGCUCUAGUAAGUGAGAAAUACUGGCCAGAAUCUUUCAAAGUAAUGUAUUUCACCUUGGAUAUAACUAAUGAUUUGAAACAACCAUACAAAUACAUCAUUUCCAUAAUGAUUGUUUUUCUUCUUUGACUUACAGACCAGCCUAGAAGUAUUUGCAGCAAAUAUUGCAUUCUAAUUUAAAUUUUGAUUAAACCAAUUCUUUAUUUUCUUGUUGAAGAAUGAUAAAAAACAUCAACUGGAGGGCAAACUUCAGGAUAUCCGAUGCAGAUUGUCUACUCAAAGACAAGAAAUUGAGAGCACAAACAAAUCUAGAGAGCUAAGAAUUGCAGAAAUAACACAUUUGCAGCAGCAGUUACAAGUGAGUAUGCAGUUACUGAAAAUAUUUAGUUACUAAACGCUGUCUGUUCUGCUGUUGAUUAAACAAAAUAGAGCAUAAUGCAAUAAUGCAUGAAGGUCGAAACUAGUAGUUGUCAAAUUUUAUUAUAACAGAAAAUAACAUGUUUAAUUUUUGUUACAUACUUCUGGUGCCAUGAAGUCCCCCUUUUAUCAUAUUGGUGCACCGCUAAACCUUAGUUUAUUGCAUCAUACAUAAGCAAGCACCGUGAGCUUUGGAUUCCCUGCCACCAUACAGCCAAGAGGAGACGUUUGCAAGCUUCUGCUUCUGCUUUUUGGUUAACUGCUUUUUAUUGUGCUAUUUGGAGCAACACAUUGUGGUUAACAUUACAGUGGUACCUCUGGAUACGCACACCUCUGGUUGUGUAUCCUUCAGGAUGCGAAAGUGGCAAACCCGGAAGUAUUUUUUUGGGUUUCGCCGCAUGUGCAGAAGCGGUCCUUCCAGUUUGCGGAAACCUCGGGAUCCGACUGGAUCUCCAGAAUGGAUCCCGUCUGCAACCAGAGGUACCACUGUAAUACUUAGUUUUAAACAAACAAAAUUAAAACUCUGUUUUCUGAAGUUAGCUUGUUUUAAACUAACCACAGAUAAUCUUAACCACUGUUCUAGGUAAAGCUGUGCUUUACUAAAUGUGGAAGUGAUAUCUUUUGAGCUACUCAUUGGCUGUGCAGGAGAAGGAAAAGUAGGCAGCACACAAAUUCAAGGUGCUCUGUAUCUCAUUUCUGCUUGUGCACAUUACACUAAACUUUGAUUUUUAUUUUAUUAAUUUACACAAGAGGAUUAAUACUGCUUUAUCAUCUAUAACCUCUAAGUAGUUACAUAGAAUAUAAAAUGAGCAUUUAAAAGAAUUCAGAAGCUGGAUCAUAGGAAGCAAGUUAACCUAAAAAAAUUAUCAAAAUAUAAGUAAUAAGGGGCUGCCAUCCCUGCUCAUUCUGCUCAGCAACUCAGCCUAGCAGGUAACCCCUUUGCCAAUGCCUUUCCUCACACACCUGGCCAACCUCUCCUCCCUUUACGCCCAAGCAGACCCCCCCUCUCUUUACACCUCACCCACCUCCUCCUCUGUACCCUCACAUGUCUCUGAACCUUCACUCCCCCUCAUAGCUUGGCCCAAACCCCUCCUUCCCUCACAGCUCCCCCCAAUGCCUUUUAAAGGAGGGUGUGAGGCAUUUCAGAGAGUAGUUUGCCGAUCUCUGAAGUGCCUCCUACCCUUCUUUAAGCAAUACUGCAUUGAUGCUUAACAGAGAGGGAGGUGCUUCAGAGCUUGAUUUGCAAACGGCUCUCGUCAGUUGUGCUGCAGCAUUCUGUACUAACUGGACCAGGAACAAAGUAAGCCCCCAUAGAGUACAAUACUCCGACCAGUUGCUCAGCUUAUCCUUCUAGACCUAUGGAAAAUUGCUUAUUUUUGAACACUGGCUCUCUUCUCUCUCUCCCCGCCCGCCCCCAGUCUAGCUAAAGAUAAAUAGUACGCCUUGAACACCAGUUUUUAAUGUUGAUUAGUAUGAUAGGUAGGAAUCAAGUGGUGGUUACAUGAGCAGGUCUUCAGUUCAAACACUCCUGGCUGCAGGGCAGAGAUCAGAAGCUUUCACUUCUGUUUUCAAGUAACCAAAGUUCAGUGUUCCAUCUAAACCCUAAACUGUGGUUAAUCCUAUCUGAGGUUUACUUAAAUAAGGCAGCUUCCUGAUCAAGUGACCUUGUUUCAGUAACCAUAGUUAAGGCUAACCACAUAUCACAUGACCACAUGUCAUUGCUCACCUGUGGUUCAUUAAAAAUGAAAUUAAAAGCUUCUAAUUUCUUCCUUGCAGCAGUGCUGGAGGAAGAGAGGGGAGCUGAUGUGUCCAAGACUCAUUCAUGCAACAAGAAACCAUCAUUUUAUUAUUACAUCUGAAUGAAACCAUUGUCGAAAGCCACUGUACAUUUCAGCAAUAAAUGGUGCUUGUGUAGUUUUAUAUAGAUUCCAUAACCUCACCUUUUCCUCACCUUCGCAACAUCUUGAUAUUAGUGCUUUGGAGUUGAUCAUAUUCAUCUGUCUUUCUCCCCUCCCUACAAUCAAUUUUCAAGUGGUUGUCUCCUUUUUCCCAUUCAAAAAGCAUGAUAUGAAUGGGGUUUUUUUAACUAUUCGUUUGUAGCAUUUUCUAAAAUAUGAAAAAAAAAUCCAUUUAAAAAGAGUGACAGAACCUCUCUGGGAGAUGAGGUUGUGACAUGUGAGGACAUUGCUUUGGAUAUUAACAUAUAACUCGCCCAGAUCUGGUUUAUUGACAGUAGUAGGUGCUGAGUUUUGCAAUAGUACAGUCGAGCAAUUAACAUAACAACAUGGUAUUUUAGUUGAAGCUGAAAUUGAUUAUUUUUUGCUGUUUUUUUAUUUUUGUAGGAGUCUCAACAGAUGCUUGGAAGGUUGAUUCCAGAAAAGCAAUUACUCAAUGAUCAGCUGAAGCAGGUUCAACAAAACAGUUUGCACAGUAAGUAUAAUUAAAACACAGUUCUAUGUUUGAAACAUACAUUUAUUACUAACCUUUUUUUUUUGCCUUGAAAAUUGCCAAACUGUGUGAUCUGUGUAUUUGUAAGGAAGUAUCUUUAUUUGUCAACGUUUUUAAAAACAGGAGACUCACUUCUCACUGUCAAAAGAGCCUUAGAAGCAAAGGAGUUAGCACACCAGCAGCUUCGUGAUCAGCUGGAUGAAGUAGAAAAAGAAACAAGAUCAAAACUUCAAGAGAUAGAUAUUUUCAAUAAUCAGCUAAAGGUAAUCAUGUCUACGCUGUGACAUUUUCUGAGUAAAUACAGAAAGCCCAAGAAUUUAGGACUUUAGGAAGCCGCCUUAUACUGAGCCAGACCAUUGGCCCAUCUAGCUUAGUACUGUCUUCACUGACUGGCAGCCCUACCUAGAGAGGUUAGGGAUUGAACCCAAGAUCUUCUGUAUGCAAAGCAGAUGCACUACUACUGAGCGACAGCCAUGCCCUACCACUGCUAUGGCUACAAGGUAGCAGAAUGUCUUGUAUCCUUGACCAUUCAAAAAACAUUGUGAGCGCUUUGCCUAAAAGGCAGGCAAAACAUUAAAUAGAAUUACCAUGAAAGUCAGACGUCUAAAUUACAGAAUUUUACUUGCUUUACUAUGUAAGUUCAUUGUACACAGAAUAAAUUGUGGUAAUAUUUGAUUUAAGCUUGUAAAUCCAUUUUUAUAUCAACAGACACAUAGCACUUACUUUCUUAGUAGGUUAGAUGCUCUUUUCUGUACUAAACAUGAAAUAAUUGUAAGGCAAAAGAAAGGAUGAGUUGAUUGUGCAGAUAGAGAGCAUUGAAAAAAGAUCAAGUUCCUCCUUAUCCUUGCCCUUCAUUUCACCCUUUCUAAAAUGAAUAUUGCUCUGAAUAAAAGAGAUACGCUGAAUGUGAUGCUAAAAGCACAAAUCCAUUACUUGUAGCAUAAUCGUAGCCAUACAGUAAACGGAUAUCCUUAGGCAUUAGUGAAAGCUUUUUUUCUCUCAUCCUAUGAAUUCUGUGAUUUCUCUUAAAGCUAAUUGGACCCUUUCCUUUCAUUACUGUAAGCUGCUUUCUGGCCAAAGCUGCCUUUUUCACUUCAGCAUUGCAGACAAGAUUAGGACUUUACUUUUGAUGUGAGAUUUCAUAACCCACCAAACAACUCAUCUAAUUAAUGAUUUUUAGAGAUUACUUAAGUUUUCAACAUAAAUCGCUCACCAGUAAUCGAGUUAGUUCAUAAAUAACAUCCAGAAAUAUUUGAGCUCACCUUAAGUGCUUGCUAUUAACAAGACAUUCAGUUAAGACACAAUAGAUCAGUUGAAUAAUUAGCAAAGGUGAUGACUAUCUCCUUUACUAUUUAAGAGCGUAACCUGUUACUCUUGAGGUUACAGUGAUUCCAGCAUUACGUAUGGCUUGCUGUUGUGGCCAUCAUAACCAGACAUAAGAUUCAAAUGUUCAUUGAGAUUCAAAUGGUCAUCACAAGCAGACAUUAAGAUUCAAAUGGUUAUGGAGGCCAUGAAGUCUUGAGCCUGCCCAGUAGCAGCCUCUGUAUGAAUUGAAGUCACCCAGCACUACUGUACCCCAGACACUGUCUCCGCCAGCCCAAUAAAGAAGUCAAUGGAAGUUUCAAGGCACCGAGAGCCUUUGAAAUCUAAGCCACUUAUUCUUUGAAGGUAUCCCCUAAUUUGACUUUGAGCAUGAAAUGUGUCCCAUAUUACUGUCACCAACUUAUAUCCCUGUCUAUAGUACACAAAUUAGCUUUCAGGCUAUAUAUUAAAAUUACAUAUAUGAGCUUCCAUAAGCACCACAUUUGAACCAAGUGAUUAGUAAAUACUCUGCUUUACUGUUAGCACUCUCUUGAGUAAGCAACGUACACAUUGGGUGUUGACCAAUUGAACUUUGCAUUCAGAAUCCAAAGAUUGAGAGGUAUCUUUCCUUUCAGUGACAGCUUCCAGGUUCAGUAGUCUUCCAAGAAUGUCCCAGUUUCUCAUCAAAUAACUUCCUUCCUCAUAGCUGGGGCAAUAGUGUUUCUGGAGGCCACAGGAUAUCGCUUUUAGCAGCAAAAUUUGAUUACAAGCCUUGUGUACUGAUUGUACUAGAGCUUGUGUACUCUUGCGAACUCUUGUUCCUUUCGAGCCUUUCUAACAUCCUAAUUAAAAACUUAAGGCUUGGGACAGCAGACUCAGGAAAUUAUUAAAGGGAUGUAAAUUUGGAUCAAUAGUCCACAACAGGGCUGGUUACAAGAGCAUAAAUGAAGUAAUACAAUUUUAAAUUAAACACAAAUGCAACAAUAUUCACAUAUUAACAGUUUUUACGUAGAUCACAAAAAAUACUUUUAUAGCUGUGUCUUCAGCUGACGAUGAAAACUCAAGAACGAUGAUGCAAGAUGCACCUUAAUAAAACAGGAGUUCCACAUUUUUGAGGCUGCCACAAAGAAAGCCCUUUAUCAUGCCUACCACCCGAUGGUAGGUAUGUUAGAGUGCUCUCGUCCAUGUUUCUUCAGGUUCAGAUUGGGAUGUACACCACUCUAGCCUUUUACUGUCCUGCUUCAUUACAUGCAGGUCACUACAGUACCAAGGUGACCUGUGAACUCCACAGUGGCAAGGGCACUCAGGAACAAUAAUAUCAGUCACCAUAUACAUGUCUCAAUUCCAUAGCAAUACUGUCAGUAGAAGUACCAGCCAUAUUGGCCAGAAAAUCCCCCAGAGUAUUCAGGAACAAUUUCAUAAUUCUCCAUGAGUGGACCAUCUCAGUGGGUCCUCCACCCUUGCAGAAUAGGAUAGUUGCUCCUAAUUCAAACCUCACCAGGGAAUGAUUUGUCCAUGACAAUAAACUCUACAAUCAACAAAGUACUGCUGACUUGCUGGGGGGAAGCAAGUUGAGGGUGGCUCUGAGCACAUGGAUUGGGCCAUUGUACUGGGAUAGGCCCAUGCCUGUCAAUAAAUCCUGAGUUGACCCAUUCAAAGUAGUCUUAUCAUGAAUGUUGAAGUCCUCUAACACAUCCAGCUUGGUUGGGGAAAGUUCAUUGCGGUGGACAGUACACUAACAACACCACUGUUGUGUCCCUUUGACCCAGUACUAGAAACUGCCCCUCACAAUGUGGAUUGGUCUCCUGGUGUGGAAGACACACUUUUAAUAGAUGAUUGUCACACACACACACACACACACACACACACACACACACAUACAGCUUAGACUGGUGGUGUACCAAGUACCCAGACAGGCAUGGCUCAUCCACUCAGGUUUCUGUUAUGCAGACCAGAUCAGAUGUUUGUUUGUUAAAUGGACUAGAUAUUGUUUUGAAAAGUCAAGGAAUAUUGGGUUUUUUGAGGUUUAUGAGGUUUCUGUUACCGUUCACUAUCAAUCUUGAGUCUCUUCAGAGAAAUAAGGUAGAAAUUUUAAAAUUAAAAUCAAUAAGAACAGCAAACUUUAACUAGCAACCCAUGUUGUAACCAGUCCUGGGUACCAAAGUAAGGUUUAACAAUAUUCCUAAUACUAGUUCAUUUGGCUGUUCAAAACAUGAAUGUUUGUUCUUUAUGCUGAAAAACAUGCCACCCCCUGUUGCAGGAGCUGAGGGAGAUACAUAACAAGCAGCAGCUGCAGAAGCAAAAGAACAUUGAAGCUGACAGGCUAAAGCAGAAGGAGCAAGAGAGGAAAUCAGAACUGGAAAAUCAAAAAGAUAGUCAGAGGUAAGAAAAAUUUAUUAAAAAUGUACUUUUCACAUUUUCUAUGAAAAGGAUACAAUCAGAACUUUGUGCAUCAAGAUAUUUGGCAUUCUAGAGAAGAACACAUUGCCUACAAAUAUAGGAAAGGCUGAGUAGGGAACCUCUAGUACAGCCUUGGCCUGGCAGUGUUUCUGAUUUGACACACAAGGCCAUUUUCUGUGAAUCACACCAACCUGUCAGGUGAUGUCACCUGAUUGGUUGGGAUCCAGUCCUGUUUAGCUUGACCAUAUAUGCUAGUUCCCUGGCACACACAGUUGAUCCCUGUAGAAAGCAGGUGUGAAUCUUCCACCUAUCAGUUGAUUGGUGGAAUAUUCAGUCCUUGGUAUGGCUGCACAGUUCAGUUCUGCCCAUAGAGAACUAGCAUGUGCAACCAACCCCUGCCCGAAACAGAACUGAACUGUGUACAGGCUGCUCAGUUCUGCUUGAUUUGGGUGAGCAAGGGAGUUUCAUGCAAGGAACGCAGAGGCCUCAGCCCUACAGAAAACAGAAUUGUUGUUAUUAUUAAUACUAGAGGUGCCUGUUCUGCUUUUGUAAUAACUUGAUUGUUUAGUGUGGCAUCGCCUACAUUUUGGAACUUCCUGCCUAUUGAGAUCAAGCAGGCAGUUUCACUCUAUUCUUGUUUAGACAAGCCUACCCUGAUGCUUAGAAAUUUGAAGUAAUUUUAAUCUCUUAAUAUUUUAAGUUUUUUAGGUUUUAAAGUAGGGGUGUAAAUUUUUCUUGAUUUUCUUUUUGUAAACCACUUUGAGGUGUUUUUUCUCUCAGUCAAGUGGUGUAUAUAUUUUAUGAAAUAAAUAAAAAUAAUUUUAUUAUCCACCAUUUACCAUAAGGUUCCAGGGAAGGUUAUAGCAAUUUUAACAAUAUAAUAUAAUACACCUUUAAAUCAACAGACGUCCACAUAAACUACAGGAAUUCACGUUUCUCUUCUUCUCCCUCCCGCCCUCCAUGCACCCCCAACAUCUGUUCUGCAGAUACUUCCAAUCCUCAAGAGCAGAUUUUGGGUGUGCAGGGAGGGGCAGGGAAAAGAAGCACCAUUACAUAAAGAAACACCCACUCACACUACAUUGGAUCUCUCCCACUGAGCUAUUCAGGCAACGUGCCUAUAUCAUGCCUGUUUUAUUCUUCUGCACCAAUUAGAAGAACCCGAGAGAGACAGUGGCUAGACAGAAUACAACAGGAGGAAGAACUCCCACGGCCAAGAAAAAUUCAAGAAGAAGAAAAGCAAAAAUGGGAAGAAUUAAGCAAAAAGAAGGAGAAUGAUGAGAAGAGCAAGCAAGAAGUGCAAGAAAAAUUAGAUAAACUUUUUCAUCCAUUUAAAGAUGCAACAAAACCAGCUCUCCAAGCUCCCUGGUCAACUGCAGGUACAAAUCCUGUUAUGUACAUGAUAAGUGUUAGUCCCGUCAUAUUAUUAUGUACAGAUGUGUAUCUUUUUAAAAUAAAAUAUUCAAAUUUGGUCAGGGAGGAAAACUUAAAGUCUGAAUCUGUAUUUUAUUUAACCCAGUUCCAAAUGAAUCUGCACCAUUACUUGACAGUCUCUAAACCCAAACUAGAACAGAACUUAAAAUACAUUCUAGUUACUGGGUUCAGAGUUUGCCUCUUGUGAUGAAAAUCUAUUCAUUCUUCCCAUCCCAAACUAAUAUAGACCUGCAGGACAGGUAAAUGGCAUUACUUGGAAUGUAAGUUCCAUAAAGAUUCUCCAUCACUGGGAGAAGUCAAUGUUAGAUGAUACCAGGGAACAUUGUUUCCAGUCUUCAACCUCUGAGAAAAAUGUACAGUCAUACCUUGUGUGGUGUUUGGUUCAUGUUGCGUCUUUUCGGCUUACGAACGCAGCAAAGCACUGGAAGUCAUGUCGGAGGCCUCGUGAGACCUCAGAGAUGAUGUCCAAGGGCUUGCGAGACCUUGGGACCCAACUUCCGGUGGCACCAGAAGUCAGGUUCCAAGGCCAGGUGGGCGUGGGGCAUGAUGUCAUGAUGUCACACACACUGGGCACCUAUAACCUGGGGCCCAAAUUGGCUCCCCUCUUUCCCAGCAACUGGUAUUUAGAGGCAUAGGGCUUCGGAUACUAAAGUAGUAAUAGCCAUAAUAAUAGCCAUCAUGGCUAGUCUCCAUUGAUAGUCUUAUCCUCCAUCCUUGACCCUCUUUUAAAGCCAUCCAGGUUGGUGGCCAUUACGCCAUCUUGUUGGAGCAAAUCCAUUGUUCAGCAGUGUUCUGUGUAGAAGUACUUCCUUUUGUCUGUCCUGAAUCCCCCACGCCUUGGGGUUGUUGAAUAGCCAUGGUUAUAGCAUUAUGAAAAAGAGAGAGACUUGUCUCAUGACUUUCUCCACCCCUUUUAUAGUGCUCCCCUCAGCAUCAAUGCUAGCAGCCACACUUUCCCUCCCUCCUAGUGUAAGUAAAGACUGGGAGUGCUUGGUGUUCCAGAGGUUAGCUUUCCCUAUAUUCUUAGUUAACUUUAUCUUUCAUAAUGCUUUGAACAUGUUUUCCCAAAACAGGCAUUAUAUUUUUAAUAGAUUUACUUUUACUUGAAUAUACUUUUUAUUGUAUGCAUGGGUGUGCAAUUUAAAAGGCCUUUAGUAUAUAUGCCAUAAGGGCUAUUACACUUCAAUUAUGAGUUUAUUGCAAUGCAUCCUCAAUUCUUCAGAUACAACAGAGCAAAAAAAAUCACAUACAGAUUAGAUUCUGACUUAGUUUCAAAUGUUUUAAAAUGCAAAUGUGAUUGACUUUCCUUUGUUUCUCCUUUGGUAAAAUGAAGACAACAUUUAUUCUGUUCAGCAGAAGUAUAAUGAAAAAUAGUGUAACAUUUGGGCAAGCAAAAAUGCCCUUUUUUCUAUGAUAUAAUAAACCUUGUUAUGCUUUUGCUUUUGUGCGUAUAGAAAAGGCUCCAUUAACAAUUUCUGCUCCGGAAGAUGUAAAAAUAGUCUAUUAUCGAGCACUUUAUCCAUUUGAAUCCCGAAGUCAUGAUGAAAUCACUAUCCAGCCAGGAGACAUAAUCAUGGUAAGAGAAGAAUACAGUGUUACACAAAAACACAAAUGUUGUAUCUAUCAUAAUGAUAGAUAACAUGUUGUGAAACUGUAAUGUCCUAGAGGCUGAAAGGUCAAAUUAAGAUGGAGUGGUGUCUUAAAGUAGUGUACUUAGCCUAGGGGAAAUAGAACUGACAAUGGAAAUGGAACACCCUAGCCUGAAUGAAGUUGAUGCUCCAUUAGUAGGUCCAAAAAGGGAGUGUGUUGGGGAGGGAAAAGGCUUGGAUCUGAAGGCUCAUUCGUCCCCACACUGGAGAGAGAUUUAUUCCAGAUCAGGUUCCUUCCUGCCCACAGUCUUAGUAGUGCAGCCCAUAAUGCAGGCUUCCCCAAUGAUCAUAAAGGUCUUCAGCAUGAGCUAUUGCUUCACCUUGUUGUCAAAGGCAGGAAAUCAAACUGAGGGAGGGAUGUGGCUCUCCCAGAAUGUGCCUGUUUGUGUUUUCCUACCUUCAUUGAAGCAUUUUUAAGUACUUAUGAUCUGUACUUUCAUAAAAUAUAUGAAGUCGGCUUACAACAUAAAAUAUUUAAAAAAUCAAUCUGUAGAUAUCAGUACAAUUACAGUUAUUCCAACUCAUUGUGUCUCCUACCCUUUGGAAAAUCUAGAAAGAUUUAGAUUACAUUGCUGCAAAAAAUUUGCAGUCUGUAAUCAAUUUAUUGCAACUGGUUAUUUUGAGACAACAGCAGUUUCUGCAAAAUACCUGCUUUGAUUUCACAUUUGGAUUUUAUCAAAGCCAUAAUCACUACAAAUGUACUUUGGGUUGUUGUUUUUAAAUAGCUAUAACAUCAUGGAAUAGUUAGUACAUGCAGCAGUGACACUGUUCCUUAACUUUCAGAUGCCAUGCUUUUUGGAGAAAAUUUAUUAAUUGUGUAUUGUAUCUUGUAUAAUACAUGGUUUAUUUGUACAGGUGGAUGAAAGCCAAACUGGAGAACCUGGGUGGCUUGGAGGUGAACUGAAAGGGAAAACAGGAUGGUUUCCUGCAAACUAUGCAGAGAGAAUUUCUGAAAAUGAAAUUACAAAUUCUGUAAAGCCGGUAACUGAUGCUGGAGCUGCACCUAAAGUUUCAUUACGUGAAACCCCCACAACACCACUGGCACCGCCUGUUCCUACAGAUUCAAGUACAACUGCCAACAACUGGGCAGACUUCAGUUCAACGUACGGUUUCAUUGGGGUUCAAUUUUCCUUUCUUUCUUCUUUAUAACUGUAAAGGUGAAUAAUCCACAUGGUUUAAAGUAGUCUUGCAGUUAAGUCUGCAAAACAUUUGAGCCACCUAUAAUAUCUUAGUUGUUUAUGGCAUAUUGAAGUUAAUUCAGCAUAGCAAAUACACUUACAAAAGUUCAUGCUGACAAAAUUAUUACUAGCCUGCCACAUGUAAUGAAUUGCUUUAUUGAAAAUAUUUUCUCCUGUGCUUGUAAGAGUACAUCAGGAUGGAAUUCAGAUCCACCUAUUGGUGGCAGGAAGAAUUCUCUCUCUUAAAAUUCCAAGGUUCUGGAGCACCAGAACCAGUUUAAGAUUCUGUUUCAUUUCUGUGGUAGCAAUUUUUAUGUAUAUAUAAUUUUAGUAACAUUAUAUUAUUACACUUUGUAGCCAAGACCUAUACAUCAAACAAGCUUGUUUGUAAGGAAAAACCUUGCUUUUCUCAUAUUACAAACUUUAAAAAACCCCAAAUAAAUAAAAUGGUUUUUUAAAAAAAACCAUUCAUGUAACUUCAAAGGCAGUGGGACAGAAUAUGUUCAUAGUUGCCUGGGAGCCUUUCAUUGCUGGUUCCUCUUAGCUGAUCCUAAGUGUCUGAAGAAGAAGCACCAGCGCCCAGCUAAUACCCGAUUGCCGCAAAAAUGUGCUGGUGAAUAUCAGUAUCUCUUUCUGAGUUCUCAGGUUUGGGUAAAGAUUGCCACAGCAGUAGUGAAUAUUAUGUAGAUGAGGGAGAUUUAGGAUAAUACAGUCUGGGGCAGGAAUAAGCAUUAAUUUGAAGAGCAUGCAAUAGUCAAGAAAUAAGAGGAAGAGAAUUGUGUGUGUCUUCAGUUCAGACCUGCCAUACCUUUCUUUUUCAGAUGGCCAGCAAGUACUAGUGAUAAACAAGAGACUGAUAACUGGGAUGCUUGGGCAGCACAACCUUCCCUUACUGUUCCAAGCACAGGGCAGUUGAGGCAAAGAUCUGCCUUCACCCCAGCCACUGUUACUGGAUCAUCUCCUUCUCCUGUCUUGGGUCAGGUGAGUUGUCAUUUCACAACAGGAGUGGAGUAGUACUAUGUGGUUGUAAGCCUAAAGUUAUGUUUAACGUCGUGUACUGCAUAUGUCAAUGAGUUAGUUCUUCUAAGAUUAUCACACAAAUAAUUAUCACACAAAUAAAUGGGGGGGGGGGCUAAAAUAGCACAAGUUUGCAUUUAUAGACAUUGAUUCAUAGAAUUGUAGAGUUGGAAUGAUAAGUGUGAUUAACAUUUCAGGUACAGUCAUACCUUGGGUUACGAAUGCUGCGGGUUUCAGGUUGCGGACUGCGCCAAACCCGGAAGUACCAGAAUGGGUUACUUCCAGGUUUUGGCGCAGAAGCACAAAAUGACAUCAUGCACAGAAGCGCCAAAUCGCACAUGCGCAGAUGCUUCGCUUCAGGCUGCGAACACUGCGGGUUGCGAAUGUGCCUUCCGCACGGAUCACGUUCGCAACCAGAGGUAUGACUGUAUUCCUGAUUCUCCAGUCAUUAGUGUACCCCAGAGCUUUCCAAACUGUGUGUCGCAAGACAUUAGUGUGUUGGCUGAAGUGUGUAGGUGUGUCGUGCGAACACUCUCCAUGGGACUGGAAAGGGGUUAGUUUAACCUUUGGUUUGCUAGUUAAACUGAGUUACUGUGUUGCGAAAUGAUUCAUGUCUAAAAAGUGUGUCACCAACAUGAAAAGUUUGGAAAGCUCUGGUGUACAGAGUAGUGCUACCCUGAUACCAUGUAAACAUAGUGGCACAAUGACAAACUCAAAAUAAUUUUGUACAUUUGCUAUAUGCAUUAAAGUCAGCCUUUAAAUUUAUUAAAUAGUUUUCAUGUGUGUUAAAUAUAAAUAAGCUUCUCAGUAAAGCAGUGCUUUCCAGGAGUAGUUCAGUGGGAGAGCACAUGCCUAGCAGUUGACAUCUCUGCUGUGAGUAGAAAUAACUCCUGCCUGAAAUCCUGGAAAGCCACUUCCAGACAGUGUAGAUACACACUUGAUACAAGCAAACUUGAUGACAAACAAUACAGCUUUUCAUGUUAAGUACUUGCAAAUAAAUGUAGAGCUGCAGAUAGAAUGAAUUGUGGUGUACAAUUCAUGCAAAUGCAAGAAACAAUUUACUCUUAUGGAGUAGAUGGGAAGAGCUUAGAAAUCAUGAUAAACCACUCUUGUUUCCUGAAACACACUGCAUAAAUUACUGUUCUCUUCCUAUAUCUAACCAGGGUGAAAAAGUGGAGGGACUUCAAGCACAGGCCCUGUAUCCUUGGAGAGCCAAAAAGGACAACCAUCUUAAUUUUAACAAGAAUGAUAUUAUCACGGUGUUAGAACAGCAAGACAUGUGGUGGUUUGGAGAAGUUCAAGGGCAAAAAGGCUGGUUUCCUAAAUCCUAUGUGAAGCUUAUUUCAGGUCCUAUAAGGAAAUCAACAAGGUAUUUGAUUUUGUCAGACGUUACAGGACCUUUCUUCCUCUACACAUAAAAGUUUAAAGCUGCCAUCAUGUUUUGCAGUUCAUGUGCAGUUCAUUGGCAGCUACACCAACUCCAGUGUGACAAUCAGCAGGCAGGAGAGUGAGGAAGCAGCACUAGUGGCAGGCGUUUACUGUGGGAAGAAGAGAUGCUUCAGAAAGCAGUAUAGUAAGCUGUGCUGUGAAGCACACACAGAGUCUGUGUUAAGUGCAGCUGCAGAGAGGAGGGGGGCAGAGAUGCUUCACAGAGUGUUUAGCAAGGCGCUCUGUAAAGCACUCCCCUCUUUUAAAAGUGGGUGGAGGUUGAGCUGGGCUGUGAAAGGAGAGAGAGGGGCAAGCUGUGGGGGAGGGGGAGACGAGAGGGGUGGGUGAGGUGUAAAGGGAGGGGUCAGGUGUGGAGAAAGUGCGAUUGGCACAGGAGUAGGCAGAGCUGGUGAGCGCAGCAAGCAGGGACAGAAGCCUUGGUGUGUAAUAACAUUUGAAAAGAAUCCCACUAAAAUUUUAUUUAGGCCCUUGCCAUGUUUUUCUUUAAUAUGCAUGUAUAGGACGGUGGUCCGAGUGCCUUUAACAAAAGAGAGGCAGAGGAAGUAUUAAGUACCUUCAAAAAACUGUUGUUUUUGGAAACUUAAUAAGCACAGCACAAAUAAAACAAAGAACAAGAAUUGUGUGGAGCACAUUAUUGCAUUUAGAAAAAAUAAACAAAGUUCAGUACGUUUUUCCAGAAAUCUUAAUAAAGUAGAUUCCACAAAGGGACAUUUUGGAACAUAUCAAUAAAAGAGCCUCACCACACAGAGCUUUGUGUUGUUGGAGGCCCAUGAAGCGCACUAUUUUUAUUUAUAAAGCAUAUAAACGGAGACCCAUCUUAGAACCUUCCUUUGAUGGGUUAAAUGCUCAGACAAGGCAGUGUCUCACACCCUCAAACUAUCCAUCCCUAGAGGGGACUGAUGAAGACUUAACUACUUUUGUACCAUGUGGAAGUACUGUUAAGAUUGCAAAUAAAAAUUAGAAUAAUGUUUAUAAAAGAAAUACUUCACUUUUAUCAUUGUGCUCUGUACUCUUUUCAUAUUCUGUAACCAUAUUAAUUUAGACAAUAAAAUGUUUACACUUGUUUCUUUAAGCAUGGAUUCUGGGUCUUCAGAGAGUCCUGCUAACCUGAAGAGAACAUCACCAGUUACAAAAUCUUCAGUUUCAGGGGAAGGUAAGAAUGUUUUAACUGGAGAGCCCUGAAAAUACCAUGAUUUGUUGUCCAGAGUGGCUAGGGCAACCCAGUCUGAUGGGUGGCAUGUAAAUAAUAAAGUUGUUGUUGUUGGUACUAUUGCCUAAAUACUGGGUGUUUGAGAGCAAAACUAUGUGAAAUAAACAGUAUCGUCAAACUUUCCUGUGUUACAUUUUCUGCAAAACAAUUAUUUUGAUAACUAAAUUGCACAGUUUGCACAUUGUGGCAAACUAUUAUUCAUCGUUAUGAGCCUUCAUGAGCCUCAGGCCUUGUUUUCAUCUUGCACUGGCUUGAAGUCAUUUUGUGAGAACAGAAAUAGCUGGUGGAUUUCAAUACAGUGGUACCUUGGGUUACAGACGCUUCAGGUUAUAGACGCUUCAGGUUACAGACUCUGCUAACCCAGAAAUAGUACCUCGGGUUAAGAACUUUGCUUCAGGAUGAGAACAAAAAUUGUGCUCUAGUGGCGCAGCGGCAGCGGGAGGCCCCAUUAGCUAAAGUGGUGCUUCAGGUUAAGAACAGUUUCAGGUUAAGAACGGACCUCCAGAACGAAUUAAGUUCUUAACCCGAGGUACCAUUGCACUUGAGAGCAGAAUGUAUCCUGUAUUACAUUACCCUUUUUCUAUUGGACAUUAGGACAAUAUGAUUGACAAGUACUUUCUCAUUUCUAAAAAAUUCCUCCCUCCAGAAUAUGUUGCCAUGUACACUUACGAAAGUUCUGAACAAGGAGAUUUAACAUUUCAGCAAGGGGAUUUAAUUCUUGUGACCAAGAAGGAUGGAGACUGGUGGACAGGAACGUUGGGCGAUAAAUCAGGAGUAUUUCCAUCUAACUAUGUUAGACUCAAAGACUCUGAGGUAAAAUGCACACAUAUGCAUUCAUUUUAUUAAAAAACUAAUAAUUAGUGGGCCACAUAGUAAAAGGUAAAGGGCCCCUGACCAUUAGGUCCAGUCGUGACCGACUCUGGGGUUGCGGCACUCAUCUCGCUUUAUUGGCCGAGGGAGCCAGCGUACAGCUUCCAGGUCAUGUGGCCAGCAUGACUAAGCCGCUUCUGGCCAACCAGAGCAGUGCACGGAAACGCCGUUUACCUUCCUGCCGGAGCGGUACCUAUUUAUCUACUUGCACGUUGACGUGCUUUCGAACUGCUAGGUUGGCCGGAACAGCGAUCAAGCAGCAGGAGCUCACCCCGUUGCGGGGAUUCGAACCGCGACCUUCUGAUCGGCAAGCCCUAGGCUCUGUGGGCUCUGUGGUUAACCCACAGCGCCACCCGCGUCCUUAGUGGGCCACAUGUGGAGGGCUAAUUUUAUAAAGCAGAGUUUAAAGUAGAAUGGAUUUAGAUUUCAGUAUAACACAAGGUGGUAUUAUGUUUGACUUUCAGAAUUAUUGAAUAUGACUUGAAACAUUUACAAAUUGCCUAUGUUAAACAUUCGUGUAGACUAAUGUGUGACAAUCCUGUAAAAUUGCUUGUGUUUUUACAUGUUAUAUCUGCAUGUAAUACAGUAGCUGUGUCAUAUGUAUGUGCAAAUGCUGUCAUUGAAAGUCAAAGUGAAAAGAACCCAGGUGAAAUUAUGCAAAUUAAAUUAAGCAGAUUUCCCCUCAUGUCUGCAAACUUUCUUGGUGCCCAGUUCGGAUUGCUUGAACGCAGGCUCUCUUUUCCUUCAUCAGAGUAUACAUAGCUCUAACUCUGAUGUUGUAAUUUAAGAUAGGAAUAAUAGAAAAGGGCUCCCAUAUAUGAAGUUUAACCAUCAAUUUUCCUUGCUCUAUACCUAGCCCAGGAAUAAGGACUUGUAGUUUGCCCAAGGGCUUACAUGAACCCUGAGAGACUUUUGCCACUUACUUUCAGCAGCAGAAUAUCUUAGCUUACAAUAUUACAGUUUUGAAAACUUCUCUAUUUCCAAAGCAGCUUGCCAUGUUCUCUAUGGAAGUGUGAGUUAUGUUUGUUCUAUUAUUUAAAGGUGCCUGGAACAGCUGGAAAAACAGGAAGCUUAGGCAAGAAACCUGGUAAGCCGUACUCUGAGAAACAAAAUAACUUUUGCAAAAUAAUUCUUUUCCCACUCUUGUAUCGUUGUACAGAUAUAACUGUACAAAGGAUUUUAAAGAAUAAGUGCAUUUGCCCUACAGCUUUUUAAUAUCAUACCAGCGGCAUGACUUACAGGCACUUUUGCAUGAAAUAUAAAUGUGAAGAUUUUGUAAGAUGGGGUGCCUGACUCUUUCUCCUCUAAUUGAUAAUGAGCUUUGAGACGCAUGACUUUCUUUCUAGAACACAGUGUUGAGGACAUUACAUUUAGCUCAGCACUGCGUUGUUGGAGCUCCUAUUACAACUGACGUUCAAGUGAUUAGCUUAAGAGGAACCAUAAAUUGAAGUAGUGUAGUAGAGUGUUCUGAUUACAUUGCAUCAUAUCAUUCAAUUGUUUCUGGUGUGGUCUAAUUUUGCUGUUUAAAAAACAGCAACUCCCUGAUAGCUAUAUUGAAAACUGUCUUAUUUGCAAUCUGUAGAUGAAAUGGCAAGAACCACACUAACAAUUGGAGACACAAUACAAUGGAAGUGAUUUUCAGAUUAAUGAAAAUAAUUUCUUUUUGAAUUAACAGAAAUUGCUCAAGUUAUUGCUUCGUACAUAGCAACAGGUCCUGAACAGCUUACGCUUGCUCCUGGUCAGCUAAUACUUAUCAGGAAGAAGAAUCCUGGUGGAUGGUGGGAAGGAGAGCUUCAAGUUAGUGACUAUUUUUGGCUCUUACCUUUUACUUAUGUAUAAAGAGAAUGAAAGCUACAAAAACUGUAGACAUAAAAGGAAAGAUUUAUCUGGUGCUGUUAUUUAUUUAUUUUUAAACCUAGCCUGAAAUGAAAGUGAUAUCUUUUCAAACCAAUCAUUUUUUUCAUCAACAGCUUCCUGGCACUUCUUUUCCUUUUUAGGUUUGGGGUAACAAUUCCAUCACUCAUGAGAAAAAUAGCAUGUAGUUUUUAACUUGGUGUGGAGUGAACUGCUAUGCUGCCCUAUUUAGACUAUUAAGUAGGGCAGCACAGCAGUUCACUCUAUAUGAAUAAAACCCUUGAAGAAAAGAUCACAGGCAAUGAUAGUAGCGCUCUUUAAACUGAAGAGAUUAUGGUGCUGUGGCCAUGGCAAUCAUGCUUGCCUGUUGCUGUGUAUUUAUACCUUUGCUUAAUUAGGCUUUGCACAUACACAUUUAAUGGCAUUAAAAUGGAAGUAUAUAAAAACUAUAUACUAUAAGAGAGUGAUGAUUUAAGAAUUAUUUCUCCCUGGAUGAUAAUGAAAGUCAAAACAGGACGAAAUGAAUAGUUGUUACCUCAACUAUUAAGAGUUGCUUUUGAAAUCUGUGGUCCAUACUAGGGGCUAGAGGUCCUUGGCAAUUUUUUUCUUGAUAAUGUCAAACUAUCAGAUCUGUUAAUUCACUUUUUGCAAUGCAGUAAAGGAAGUGUAUUGAUGAGGCAGCUAUAUCUACUUAACCAAUUACCACACAGCAACAGAUGUCAUUACAUUUACAGCCAUAACUAAUGGAAAAUCAGGUCAACUUUAUUAGGAGAGCCAUACUUUAGGGUACAGUAUUAAUAAUCUGAUGUACUAUUUUCAAAGGCCUAAGGCCAAAGUCAACUAAACAGUCGCACUAAUGGGAUCCUGCUAGUGCAACAUGGUUUCCCCCCCCUUUGUCCCCCCAGCAAUUGGCUCUGUGGGAAGAUGGUUCUGUCAGUUCAUUUCUGCUUGCCUGAAAUAAAUUCCAGAGUUGAAUUCCAUCCAUAAACUUAGAUCCAAACAACUCUGGGUGGAGUUCCAUUUGUGCAAUGGCAUUUUCCUGACUCACCCUUUCUAGUCUGCCUCUUGCACAUCCAAUAAGCUUUUUCUGUGGGUCAGUAGGAACUCCAGAACAGCAUGCUCCAUCUCCACAGUUGGAGGCUGUAUGCUUCUGAAUACCAGUUGCUGGAAACUGCAGGAUGGGAGAGUGCUCUUCUGCUUCUUACAACUUUCCCAUAGGCAUUUACCUGGCCACUGUGAGAACAGGAUGCUGGACUAGACGAGCCAUUCACCUGAUCCAUGAGGCUGUUCUUAUGUGAUAUAUUGAGGGCUUCAGGGAGGCAUUGAACACUGCACAUGGCUUCUGUUCAUCCUGGAUCCAAACUCUAAACUUUGAACAAGUUCAGAGCACUGCACUGUUGAAUGACUAAGUUUUUUAUACAGUGGUACCUCGGGUUACAUACGCUUCAGGUUACAUAUGCUUCAGGUUACAGACUCCGCUAACCCAGAAAUAGUACCUUGGGUUAAGAACUUUGCUUCAGGAUGAGAACAGAAAUUGUGCUCCAGCGGCACGGCGGCAGCAGGAGGCCCCAUUAGCUAAAGUGGUGCUUCAGGUUAAAAGAACAGUUUCAGGUUAAGAACGGACCUCCAGAACGAAUUAAGUACGUAACCCGGACAGAGCUGCUCCUGAUAGUUUGCCAAGAUUAUUUUGGUAGUCAAAAUGCUAAGCUAUUGUUUUCUUACUAGGCUCGUGGGAAAAAACGACAGAUAGGAUGGUUUCCUGCUAACUAUGUGAAACUCUUAAGUCCUGGUACUAGUAAAACUACACCAACCGAGCCAUCUAAAUCAGUAGUGUUACCUUCAGGUAAGUAAUACUGUAGCAUUUGAUUCCAUGUUAUUGCCUAUGCUUUAGAUCAGGAGGUUUCCAAACUUUCUAUGUUCAGAGGACCUUUUCAUAUAAAUUUAAUGGUUGCAUGAAUCUCAGCUGUGAAACCCCCAGGGUAAUGCAGAAGAGUGCUGGAAAGGCUUUGGGGACUCACUAUCUCCCUGUGUGACUGGCGAGUGUACCCUAGACUAUACCUAAUGCUCCCCUGCAGCCUUACAUUGCAGAUUGAAAUAGGUAGUUGUAGCCAAGCUGUCUUUCAGUUAAGCUUGUCCUCCAUUCUUGACUUUUCUCAUUAAGGAGCCCUUUAUAAGCUUCUAAACUCUUUUAACAGUCCAUCAAACAUAGAUUGAAAACCACUUAAAUUGAUGAUGGUGAUGAAAUAAUGUCCUACAUCUCCUUCCUAACACCUACUUGCCUGGUGCUAGCUUUAUAAAUGUUUGUACUUUUAAAAUGGUGCUGUAUUUUAUUUUAUUACACUGGGGGUUACCUCACUGUAUUAAUCGCUAUUUUAAUUUGUGCAUUAUCUAAUAUCUAUUAAUUUUAAUUGAUUUAUUGUAUAUUUUAUAAUUAUUUUGUUUAAGUCAUGUUGGAAACUGCCCUGUAAAAGUAUUGUGAUGGGUGAUACAUAAAUACCCUAAAUAAAUAUACUAUUCCUUACAGGGGGCAGAAGUUCAUAUGGCUUACAAUCUACUAUUGUGUGUUGUUUUCAGCCAAGCUAGUUGAAAGAUGAGAGAGAAAUAUCCAUCCAAAUGGAAAUAGUUUCUGUAAUAUUUUUGGGCUGCAUAUCCAGUUGUAAUUCUUCAUAAAGAAUGAUAGGUGCAGCAGUGGGAGUAAGAUGGUUCUUCAAUAUAAUAAUUAGUGAUUAAAAAUAAAUGUACAUAUGAUGGUAAUUUUGGUGCAGAUGUAGAAUGUAUCUUAUCCACCGAUCUAACACCAUCAUUUUCAUGCUGUUGAAGAAUUGUUAGAUUCAUUAUCACAACUCACAUCUAAAACAGGAGUAAAGGUCAGAAUCUUCUUUAAGUCAAGAGAACAUAUAAACAAAGCAGAGUGAUUUUAAAAGUACAUAGAUAUAUAUAGACUUUGUUUGAUAGCAUUCUGUAGACCGGGGUAGUCAACCUUUUUAUACCUACCGCCCGCUAAUGCAUCUUUCUUGAUGGUAAAAUUUCCUUACCACCCACCAGUGCUCGAUGGAAGGAGGAUUCAGCUUGUUCCGUAGAACCCCCUACCGCCCACCUAGAAUCCUCAAGCACCCACUAGUGGGCGGUAGGAACCAGGUUGACAACCCCUGCUGUAGACUAUGGGUGGUAUCCAGCUCCUUUGUCCUAUCAGUGAAAGGAUUUAUUCUUAUGCAACAGGAGAUCCCAUCCUGUCCUCCACUGUGUGCACAGCACUCUCUCCCCAAAUCUGCUUCAGAGGGUUGGAGAAAGGAGAGGUUUAAGGGUGGAGGGGGGGGAAAGUCCUAUUGUGCAAGUAGAAAUCAUUGUGCUAGCGGGAUGCUUAAUGCUACAUGGAAUACAAGCCCCUUUAUCAUAGCAUUCUAUGGAAACCAUCAAUUUGAAUGUUUACCCCUAAUCGUAUCUUAAUGUAUUGAUCCAGUUUGAUGGUGAUUUCCUCUGGAAUUUCUACAUGUUGAAAUAUUCCCACACUCUGUUGUAUUCUUUGACUGGUGAAGUCAGCCUGCUCAUUAUGGUCAUUUAAAGUUGCUGUGUUAGUCACAUUGUAAUACAUCAUUUCUCUGAUCUUCAGAAGAUCUGGUGAUCUUCUGGCUAGUGUAUUCAUCACCACAUUUCCCCAAUUUUGCUAAGCAUUUCAAAAAAACUUGGGUUAACAAUAUCCCUAUUUUUGGCCCCUAGUAAAAUAGCUAUUAGGUGAGAUUGUCAUAGUAUAGAACUGAGAUGUGCUAGAGUGAGGUCAGUGGGUGCACUUAUACCCCCUUUCGUGAGCUGAGAGGUGGAAUUAACUUUUUAAUUGGUGACCUGAUAGCUUAGCUUUCUCUUUUAAAGCACAGAACCAGUGUGGUGUAGUGGUUAAGAGCGGUGGACUCGUAAUCUGGUGAACCGGGUUCGAUUCCCUACUCCUCCACAUGCAGCUGCUGGGUCACCUUGGGCUAGUCACACUUCUCUGAAGUCUCUCAGCCUCACUCACCUCACAGAGUGUUUCUUGUGGGAAAGGAAGGGAAAAGGAGAUUGUUAGCCGCUUUGAGACUCCUUAGGGUAGUGGUAAAGUGGGAUAUCAAAUCCAAACUCCUCUUCUUCUAUGUAGUAACAAUAUAGUGACUUAAGGGGGGAGAUGUUUUAGGAGCACUAGCAUAUUGUUUCAAAAAUAUGUAGACAUGGAUAUUACCAGUUUCAAAUGUUGUUUAUUGUCUUAACAGUGUGCCAAGUAAUUGGUAUGUACGACUACAUUGCACAGAAUGAUGAUGAAUUAGCAUUCAGCAAAGGCCAGAUCAUUAACGUCCUUAAUAAGGAAGACCCUGACUGGUGGAAAGGAGAAGUGAAUGGGCAAGUGGGUCUCUUCCCAUCCAACUAUGUGAAACUGACAACAGAUAUGGACCCGAGCCAGCAAUGUAAGUGACUAUUUUAUCUCAGUAGUUGCUUACAUAAUAUUUUUUUUUAAGAAACAUGCAGCAUUGCUGUGAUUCUGCUGUGUUGUGCAGAAGCUUGGCCACUGCUAUAUAUUUGCCUAACUCUCUUUGAAGACCUUCUAUAUUGCAAGCCUAAACUUGUGUUGGUUUUUAGUUCCAUCCUUGUAGCAUGUUACCUUUAUCAUUUUUGCACCAUGCUGUUUACAUGCCUGGCUCAUUUUCCUAGCUUGAAUUUUGCUCAUUGUUUUGUUUUGCUUAUGUGUUGUUUUCCUCCUUUUUCUAGGAAUCAUAUGUUGUCCAUCCCCCACUCAGGCUUGAAAGUCCUCAAAGAGACCCACUAUCCCAUAUCACUGUCCAGAGGGAUGAUGGGAGAUGCAGCCUUGAUCAUGUGACUUCCAGCAUGAUCAUCUACUGCCUUCUGAGUAGAAGAACACACUGCAGAGCAGUUUACCUCAUUUUACAUUAGUUGCAUGUAAUCGCAAUGUUUUUAUUUAAUAUCUACAGAUAUAGAUGCAAAAUUACAAAAAGACACACAAAAAAAACCACAGGAUAGUGGGUCCUUUUGUGGCUUUCAUAGUUACCCACCUAUUUCUCCACCUUGGCACAGGUGCUUUCAGUAGUAGAAAUAUUUUUAAAUGCCUAUUUUAGCCUUUUAAAGAAAAACAAGCAUUUUGUCAUUGCAAUUUUGUUAUUGCAAAAAGACCCACUAUCAAGGAAUGCUGCAUGUGCUAUUAAAAUUGUUCCAAAUGUCCAUAAAUCUGAGACUUGUAUUUUUGCUUUUUCACUUGUCCCAAUGUUGUUGGUGUCUGUCUUUUUUUUCCUUUUUGUGUACUACUAAAACAGGAUUUAGUCUGGUUUAACGGAAAUUAAAAUGUGCUCAAUUACAAGUUCAACUAAGGUAUUUUGUUUCUUGUACUGUUACAUGUUCUUGUAGUGAAUGUUUGUGCGUGUAAUUCAUCAUGGAUAAGAAAUUAAUUUCCUUCCAUGUGCAAGAAAGAAUAUACAUGUAUAAUGCAGUUAUUCCCAUUAUGUUAUAUUUUGCACUCUUAUUUGUAACUACAUAUAGUAAGCACCUUUUUGUUCUGUGUCUCAGAUUUUAUUUUUUAUUUUUUUGGCAUUUUGGUAUAAAAUCAAAAGAGUACAUUUAUCUGUUUCUUCAGAAUUAACAUGACUUUUUUCAAGUUACGUUUUAUCAUCACUGUUACGUUAAUAACUAUGGAACAGCAUCCCUUGAGGAAGUAAUUAUCUUAUCUUGACAAAAAGAAUGUAUAGAAAUACCUUCCUGCAAUUAAUUUCCAAUGUUUACAUUUUUUAAACUAGACUGUGGAAUUUAUACAAGUAACAUUAAAUGGAGCUUAUAGUCAAAUUUUAUGUAGCUGUGCUGUACUCUAAGCUAUGUUUGUCUUUUAAAUAUUAGUUAUAAGCUCUUUAUUGCCUGGUGCGGCCAGCACAUAGGAAGAAAAGCCCUAUGCCUCAAGCACAAUAUAGCAACUCUACUAAUAACUUUAACAUUUUUCUUUUUGUUUAUGUAUUUCUUCUAUUUCUAAAUUUCAUGCUGGCGAUGUAGAAUUCCUUUUAUCUUCAUUCAUGUGGUGCAAAGAACAAGUGAAGUUCCUUAUUCAAUUGCACUUCAGUAUUUUAAUUGAUAUGAAUGUAAAAUAUAUAAAUAUAUGAAACCUGCAGCUUUAACAACUGUAAUACAGCCUUUACAAUUAGCUACAUGUAUAGAUAAUUAAAUUCUUCAUAUAAAAGCUAGACUAAAUGUCUCUGUUUUAUUGUUACUGUGUAUAUUUAGCAAGUGACACUAACUGCAAGAGAAUAGUCCAAACUUCAGGUUUUUCAUUGCUGACCAUGAUCAGCAGUGGCUACUUUUUAAAUACUCAAGGACAGCUGGUUGUUUUUCAACAUGCAUCUCUAAUGUCCGUGUUUCAGUAAUGCCAUUUUUAAAUGGUUGCUGUGGGGUUUUCAUCUUGUUUACUAUAAAGGUGCUGCUUUUUAUCCAUUAUAUAUGAGGUCACUUAUUUGUUUUCUUUGCUCCUUCUCGAUUGUGGUCUCUUUCUCUGUCAAUAUAUUUUUGAUUACAUAAUAGAACAUUCCCUUAUGAUCUGCUGUACACUUCAAUAGAGCCACAUUAUUUUAUCUAGCAUGAUGUUUAAAAUACCAUUCUAUACCUUUUAUAUCUAGAGUGCCUGCCACUUAACUUCCUAACAAUCACUUAGCCAAUUUCAUGUGCGUUGCAGUGAAUUAACAAUUUAAAAUAAUAGUAGUCUAAUUAUAAACAACAGUUCUGGGCUAUAUAGGAUGAUAAAAAGAUGCAAAAAGGCAAUUGAACCUGGCAGUGUUUUUAAAAAAUAAAUAUAUUGAUAAUUAAAAUGUGUUUUGUGAGACCAUAGUAGAGUCAACCAUUUGAAAACAGUGGAGCCCAGCUAGCACUGUGAUGUAAUCUUGUCCAGCAUAAGCAACAACAUGAAAAUUGGCAAUGGGAAGGCAGUGAAGGGUUAGCUGCAACAACUUUAAAUUAAUUUACCUUACCACCAUAACUAGGGCUGCCAAAAGACUGAAAUGGAAUUAACACCCUAAUCCCCAGUGUAUUUUGUGGUAACGAGUUCCCUUGAUUUUGAUUAAAUUGCCAUCCAUGUUAAUAUGUUCACUGCAGAAUGUUAAUACACUGAGGUUCCUCAAAGUGGUCAGCGAAUUUAAUGUUCUGGACUGCAGAAUCUCAAUGCAGAGUAGGCCGCCUUCAAAGUGCCUUGUGGCCUUCUAGGGCAAGAGAAAUCUAAUCCUUGAAGGAGUGUGGAAACUGCAUGUUAAGAUUCCUUUAGGAAGCUUUAACCUUAUCCUCUACAGUUUUAUGCACUCAUGCAGAAGUACUUCACUAGACAAGAAAAUGACCUUGUCCAAUUGUUGAUGAAACGGUUACUGUAAAGCCUUUGCACAAUUAAUCCUUUAGAAAUGCAAAUGCUAAUAACAAACUAGACUGAGUAUUUCUUCUGGCCCCUGAGGGAUGUUAAACUCUGAAGGCAUACACUUUGUGAAGACCCUUUUAUGAAUUAAACCGGAUUAUUGAAUGAGAAGGUAUCUGAGGAUCAAAAUGGAGACUUUACAUUUUAUUUUUGCCUUGGGACCCAGCAUUGUGGACUGUCUCUACAUCUCUACAGUGGAAGCAUUAUCUUAACACUGAGCUGCUACCAUGUAGCUGUGAUGAUUGGCUGGUCAUCUUUAAAGUUUCAGCAGACAAAAAUAAGCUUUAAUAGCACUCUCCAGAUAGUAAUAAUCUAGAACUUGGAGGCACAAAGUACCUUAAAUGGAACAAGACUUUGAUGAGAGUAUUAAGGACAAAUUCAACAGGUUUUCAUAUGUGUUUACAGAACUCAUGAACCUUGAGAAUUUUUCUGCCAGCGUUUAGUUGUGCACAGAGUGAUAAUGGGGUAUUUUAAAGAGACUUUCGGUAGCUUCAACUAAAUGCCCUAAUUCUUUUUCUAGGAUUGAUCCACCUGAUUCAGUUUUAAGUACAAUGAAGAUAAGGUUUGAGAGCUGCAUAAAAUUGAAAGUUUAAAGUGGAUAAAAAUUCAGUUAAUUUUUUUUAAAAAAAUAGUCUUCUCAGUGGUAGCUUAGUGUCUGUGGAAUGACCUCUUCACUGAAGUACUGCUGCCUCCAACCUUAUGUAUUUUAGAUGCCUGGUAAGAACUUACCCUAUUUGUCAGGGUUUUAGAGGCUUCUAAUGCAGCUAACAAUGUUAUUUAGGUAAUUGAUGAGAGAGAUUCUUAAUGUUUUUGCUUAUUAUGUAAUUCAUUUUUUUUCCGCAAACUGCCCUGUGGCUAUUUUAGUGAAGGGUGGCAUGGAACUCUUAAUAAAGAAAGAAAAACAAGCAUGACAGCUAAAAGAGCUUCUGGACUUGAAGAGACACUGUAAACGAUCUCUGUUUGGAUUUUGCUCUCAUACUUCUUGGAAUGGUGGGUAAGAGGUGCUGCAGCUACUGCCACUCCAUUACUUCCAACCUCUCAAACUUGACAUGGAAGCAUCAUUUUUAUUCUGUUUAAUAAGAUGUCAUCGAGCUAUGGUGCUAAGUAAAUUGGUCUAACCUGUAAUCUGUUUACUGGGAGCCUUACAAGACAGGCAGUUGAAGUACAGAAGCAAGUACACAAAUAAUUUUGUCAGAGUUGAUAAAUCCAGUGAAAUAUUUAAAUUCAGUAUGGAUCAGCAAUAAUUCAUCCAAAGGAAAUUGUUCUGUUGGACUUGUGCCUCUAGUCUAUAAUUUAUAUUGUUCUGAUACAAACACGAGAGAUCUGGAGGGUGGCAACAUUGGAAUGGGCCUUCUCUGUGGUGGCCCCCUGUUUGUGGAAUGCUCUCCCAAGGGAAGCUUGCCUGGCACCUUCAUUCAUAUCUUUAGGUGCCAGGCAAAAACAUUCCUCUUCUCUCAGGCUUUUGACUUAAGUAAGCAUUUAGCCUUUUAAGCUCUGCAGGGUGGUGGUUAUUGCUUUAUUCGUUAUAAUGUUACAUAUUUUGAUGUUUUUAUACUGUAAGCUGUCCUGUGAUCCUCUGAUGAAGGGCGGUAUAUACUUUUAAUAAAUAAAUAAAACAGAGGAACAAAUAUAGCCUGAAACUAUAGGCCUGUUCAUCUCAAAAUUCUGGCAAAGCAUCAUCCCAACAUUUUGCUGUUAAAACUUCAGAUGUGGGCUGAAUCUGAGGGAGCGUUUUUCCAGAUGGAAAUUUAGAGCUGGUUAUUCUUACACCUCUUGUGCUAGGAUUUGUACUUCAUGUAUACAUUAAUGCAGAUGUCAGCCGGGGCAUGCUCCCUUUGUGGACUUCAAGGCAGCCUUUGAUAAAGGUGAUUGGGAAAUCAAAAUAAAAACUUCCUAAAAGCAAUGUUGACUGCAGAUUAUUGACAGCAAUCAAGAUACAGUAUGGCGUGAUCCCUUCAUGGAUCACUGCCUUGCCGUGGCGAAGGGGCUUGAAUAACUCAGAGAAGCUAUGAGCUAUGCCGUGCAGGGCCACCCAAGAUGGACAGGUCAUAGUGGAGAGUUUUGACCAAACGUGAUCCACCUGGAGCAGGAACCGGCAAGCCACUCCAGUAUCCCUGCCAAGAAAGCUCCAUGGACAAAGACUGCAGGAGGCAGUGGAAGACAGGAGUGCCUGGUGUGCUCUGGUCCAUGGGGUCACGAAGGGUCGGACACGACUAAACGACUAAACAACAACAACAAAUGGAGAAUAAGUGCUAUCUUCCAUAGGCUUACUGAUUAAAAAGUGGUCCAACUACCUAGGUAGUGAAACAAGAUUGUAUCCUUGCCCCAUUUUUUUUGUUUAAUUUUUACAUAUUUUUAAAAUAACACGUGAGAAGCCCCUAUCAUUUAAACAAAGCAAAGUUUUUGGUUUUAUUAUGAGUAUUUAGCGCUGCUCUCCCACCCUCACAUAGGCUUAACACCACUUGCCCACUGCCCUGAGCCAGAAGUCUUCAGGCCACAAAUUAUUAUAAGGCUAAAAUGAUCAUGUUUAGCCAUAAGUCACCAAAGUGCUUAUGAUAUAUUGACAGCCAUAGAACUGAAAUGUUAUUUUAUAGAAGCGUCUUCUGUUAUGUUGAAAAUAGAGACAAUGUCUCAUCAAUUUAUAUGGACUUGUUAAAGGACCUGGCUCUACAAAACCAAAAUUUCAUGAUAAUUCCUUUUCAGGAAUUAUUUCAAUGGAAGGCUUCUACAUUUGCUCCUGUAAGUUCAUAAACUUUGGUCCAACCACCAGAAAUUAAUUAUUCACUAAUACCAAAAAAUUUAUAUUUAUGGUACAGUGGCUACUUUUGCACAGAUGGCUGAAGUAAGAGCCACCUUAGAUUACACUGAUAUAUGAAGCAUGUUUGCUGCUGUGUGUCACUUGACAUUGGGCAGUUUUAACACCAAUGGGGCCCUUUUGUAUGUGCUCCUUUCUUUACUGCUUUACUCCUUUAUUGGUUUGUUUUAUUGUUUUUGUUCUGUUGCAUGUUUUGUUAAAGCCAGUGAUCAAAACAAACUGAACUGAAUGGAUAAACUAGUUACCCAUGAAGUGCAUGUGUUGAGAAGAGAAAAGUCAGAAAGUGUGCCUUGGGAUAGGAACAUAGUGUGAUUUCAGUGGCUCUACUCUAGAGUAUUAUGAACACUGAACAUUCGUCUCCCCUCCCCUAUACAUAAAUAUCUUCGCUGCCCAUUUAACCUGAAUAUGAAUGGCCCAUGCAUUCCUUACUUUCAAUACAAAAAACUAAUUUCUUCAGAUCAUGACUUUGAACUCCUCUUCAGUGUGUGUGUGAAUUGAAAGAUGCAAGAGAUGCUUGAUUUGUAUUGCAGAAGACCUAUUGUUUUGGACCUGGGUUUGUUUAAUCACUUGGCUGCAUCUCCAGAGUAGUGAAAAUGAAAACGAGAACUGGUUUUCUGGGCCAAGAUUAGGGAAUUGCAGCUUUCUGUGUCAACAGGAGCAAGAAAGAAAGUAAAUGCAGGGCAAAUGAUCAAAAGCUAUUUGUAAGGAUAGUUCUUUGGAACCCAAUCUGUUCAGAGGCAAUGUGCUUUUGAGUAUCAGAUGUGUGCUGCCACUGCACACACACCCUGAUGGCGAGAGAGAAUGUUUCUGUGAACAAUUGAGGCCACAAAAUAAAAGGGCUGACAGUGGUUCUAUGACAUUUUUAAGAAGAAUCCGAAUUUAUGUGCAGUAAUUUGUUGCUUAACUAUUCUAUCAUGUUGACCAGAAUGGCAGAGCAAUCAAUUUACAAGGUCCCGAGUUAUAGUAACUUGCAUACUUUACAUCUGUGAGCUGACACCAAUUGAUCAAUUGGUUUCAUCCCACCACUGUCAUUGGGUAAUAACUCCAUUAAAACCAAAGGCAGGUAGAGCUGGCCCCCUCAAAUUCUAGCUUCACUCUAAUGUUCAUAAGAAACCACUCCAGGUCUUUGACGUUUCAUAAGUUGAGUCUCUCCCAUUUCUAGAAUCCCAUCCCUUGUCUCUUCUCUAGCAAAUCACCAAGUUUACUAAAUUAAUUGGAUAAGUUAGUGCAAGACAGCCAGAAAAAGAGAAUAUUGUAGCAUCCAGCAGCAUUCUAAGAAUAUGGCCUUCCAUUGAAAUGGUACCGUAAUUAUGCUGGUCAAGUGUAUUGAGCUCUAAGGUGCCACAAAGAUUGUAAGGUAUUUUGCAUAUUUGAAAUACUAUUAAAACAGUCUUCAUACAGAACUUGUCAUUCAUUACAAAAUGCCAUAUUAAAAUUCUGACAUAAUCAUAUACAUCAAGGAUAGCUAACCAAUGACCUGUGGGCUGUAUACAGUCAAGAGGUUUUGGGUGAUCCACAGGGAUCUCCAACAAUUAUGUGUCUUAAUUUUUAUUUAUUUGUUGGUGAUUUUCUCUCUCCCCUGCUCCUAUAUACACUUUUUCUGUGGUUAAUUACUUUCAUUGGGCUUCCCUGAUUGUCCUUGGGUUAUUUUCUCCACUUUUAAGUCAGCUGGGGCUUCUAAACUAAUUGAUUAUUUCCUGUUGCUGCUUCUGUGUUAUUAAUAGUGCUACUUAGCAGACUUAUUAGCAGACCGUUCACUAAAAAAAGGAAAAGGAAAUACUGAUAAAAGGGAACAGACUGACUUUGGAUGGAAGACACAAUACGUUAUCUUAUUAACCUUUAUUUUAUUCGGAAAAAUAUAAUUGAAUUUAAAAAUUAAAAGAAAAUACAAAUCGAAUGUGUUUGGGAAGGGAUUAGACUGACUUUGCAUGGAAAGAAAAUGAAAUAUAUGAACUUUCCACUCUUUUCUGCCUCCGCCACACCCAUCUUACCAUGCAGCCCUGCUUAGGGAAGUUUUUAAUGACUGAUGUUUUAAUGUAUUUUUAAUCUUUUGUUUUAAGCCGCCCAGAGUGGCUGGGGAAACCCAGCCAGAUGGGCGGGGUAUUAAAAAUUAUUAUUAUCAUUAUCAUCAUUAUAAUAAUAAUAUUAUGCAGCUCUUAGAGGGUUGGUCAUGGGUCAGUGCAGCCCUUGGCCUAAAGAACAUUAAUCACCCCUGAUAUAUAUCAUUAACCUCCCUUGGAGAUAGUUCUUGUUCUGGAAAGAGAUGCAUUCCUAAAUAGAGAAAAAGGAGGUGGCCGCGUGAUUCGUGAUUUUUCAUUUGCAAAUGACACAAUGUUUCAUUUUUGAAAUGUGUUACUUAUUUUCACAAUAAAGUAGAGAAACCUGCUGCUGUUGGAACUGAGUUUUGCUUCUUAAAUUAUUUUCCUCACAUCCCUAAGAUUCUUACUGUAAGAGCUGUUGUGUUUUAUCUUCAAUUUGAUUAAGAAGUGGCUAUAACUUAGAUGACACUUCCUCUAAGUAAGACAAGCAUUUCACUGACAUUUUAUUUGAUAAAAUAUCUUAACUGUAUUUGAUACUUCCAUGUUGUUGACUGGCAACUGAAAGCAAAACAAGGAAAUAUCCAUCUAUCUAUUUGCCUGUCUCAUGUUCAUAUUGGUCUUCUAGUGAGAUGCACCCUCCUCCACUAUACAGGGCAUUCAUAUACCAGAAGCCAAGCUGACACUGGAACAGCUGUCAGUAGAACAUGAGAUUCUUAAUAUCAGGGUCAUGGGUUUGAGCCCCACACUGGGCAAAAGACUCCUGCAUUGCAAGGGGUUGGAGUAGAUGACCCUUGAGGUCCUUUCUAACUCUACAAUCCUAUGACACGCGACAUGGAUUCCUCAUCACAGCAGGGAGUCAAUUAGUGGAGCACAGCAUUGUCCCUGUGUUGCUAAUUGCGUUCGUGCUUAUUCUGAAUUGCAACCAACCUUCAAGUAAAUGUAAUAGCUUCUGCCAACGUUAUUCCGUUCCUUACUAUUUUAGGCUGUAGAUUCAUUGGGAACAAGAAUAUAGCUAUCUUACCUACGAAACUCAUUAAGGAGUCAUGUCCACUGAUGGCACAGAAUACAUGAUAAUAAUUUCCUAUUGACGUAUUUUUCGCUCCAUAAGAUGCACUUUUUUCCUCCUAAAAAAUAAGGGGAAAUGUCUGUGCAUCUUACGGAGCGAAUGUGUGGGCAAUCGCUGGCUCCCUUUCUGGCUCCGCCCCCUUGCCCAGGCCUCCAUUGUUGAAGACGGAGGCUGUUUCCCCAGCGACAUGUGACUGGCUGAUUAGAUUAUCUGUCUGGAAACUGUAGAAACGGCUCCCUUUCCUUUCCUAAAGAUGCAGAACUGUGAGUUGAACCCCAUAAAAACAGGAUUUUGUCCCUUUGCAAUGUAAGCUCAACAACUUUGAGCUGAUCCUCAAAAAAGGGGGCUUUUCCCCUUUGCAAAAGAAGCUGCACAACUGUGAGCUGAUCCCCCCCAAAACGGGGCUUUCCCCCUUUCCUCCUCUUAAAACUAGGUGCGUCUUAUGCAGCGAAAAAUAGGGUACCUGCUGUUGCAAAGGCUGGGAAUGCUUAAAAUCAAAGCCCAACCCAGGCAUUCACGGUAGAGCAGCAACUGCUUCUGUGGGACAUCAGUGAGCCUAGUUCCUGCUGUGUGAGAACCAGGUCUGUCUUUGCCCCUAAAAUGUCAGCCUAGCAGUUCCCACCAACUUCCAGCAGUGGUGCAGGCUGGUGGGAUAGCAUGUCAACUGGAGACAGAAAUACAUCUGCUGCAGUUUGCCCUCCACAUCAUCACAGUAUGCUGAGUGAGGGGACACAAAAUAAUAAUAUUUUUAUACAGGGACCUACUCAAAGCUAGGCUGUGGUCAGACGUGUGAUAGAGUGGCCACAAUUAUUAUGUAUUUAGGGCACCAAAUCAGAGGUCCAUACAAUGGUACCUUGGAACUUGAACAGAAUCUGUUCCGGAAGUCUGUUCGAUUUCCAAAAUGUUCGGAAACCUGCAGCCAAUCGGAAGCCGCGGAAGUUGCGCAAGACAUUCGGGUUCCAAAGAACAUUUGCGAACUGGAACACUCACUUCCGGGUUUGCGGCAUUCAGGAGCCAAAACGUUUGACUCACAAGGAGUUCGGGAUCCAAGUUACGAUUCUAUUACUAAAAUCUGCUCCUGUCCACAUGAUUGCCAUGAUUAUUAAGUAUGAGUUAAGUAUCUCUGAACUGUCUUGAAAAGCCCCCUACUGCUAACUUGUCCCUCAUUAUGCUGAAAUACUAUAGGUUGUCGUUAUUAUUUUUAAAAGAAAACACUGCUUUAAAAAAUGAUGAAAACUUCUAAAAAGUGAUAUUAAGAAUUAGUAUAGUAUAUGAUUAGGUCAAUACUAUGGAAUUAGUAUUGGUGUAUUACCUGAUGUAAGUACUUUUAGUUACUUAAUGGCAGUACUCUUCAGUCAUUGGGCUGCCGUUGUGUGGUGUAGUGGUUAAGAGCGAUGGACUCGUAAUCUGGGGAACCGGGUUCGCGUCUCCGCUCCUCCACAUGCAGCUGCUGGGUGACCUUGGGCCAGUCACACUUCUCUGAAGUCUCUCAGCCCCACUCACCUCACAGAGUGUUUGUUGUGGGGGAGGAAGGGAAAGGAGAAUGUUAGCUGCUUUGAGACUCCUUCAGGUAGUGAUAAAGCGGGAUAUCAAAUCCAAACUCCUCCUCCUCCUCUUCUUCUUCUUCCUUACUGUCAAAUCAAAAGGCAGGAGGCAGCAUCAGAAAGGGGACGGCAUGUGAAAAGAUGCAAACCAAAUCCCACUGAACAGAAUGGGUUUAUUGAUGAAGAACUGAAAUAGUAAUAAUACGAUACAUUUCAGCUAAAGUCUUCCUCCAGGAUGAAUCUGAUACUGUGUUUCUUCAGAGAGAAUAGUGCCCCCGUAUUUGUUAUUUGGCUCCAUCUGCAAUCAGCCCAAGCUGGCAUGGCCAACAGCCAGGGAUGAUGAUGAGAGAUGUAGUUCAGUGUCUGGAGGACCACAGGCUUCCUACCCUGACCUUAUAGAGCUAAUUUCACUGAUACCCUGGCAACCAACUUGAGCAAAAAAUACCCUACGUAAACUGCCUAAAAUUAACAGUGUGUUAUGGGGGCUGCAAACUGACGUGAGAUUGUGACUUCUGUUCUGUGAAAGAAACAACUUGGAUGAGCUACUUCUAAAAAAUAUUUUUGGCUAAAGUCAGCUACCUGCAUAUUGUUAGAGCUGGCUAUCAAAGAAAGGCUACCUAAAGAAAUCUUAAUUUAAAAAAGAAGAGCAUUGAAUCGGAAUGCCUCUGAGGAAUAUUUUGAAUCAAAAUACGUUUUAUCAUGAUUUUUAUGCUACAAGAACAAACCUCCUUAUUCAGCAAUCAGCAUAAGCUUGAGACUUGCCUCUUAUUGCUAUGAGUACAGAUUUUAAUAAUAUAUUACGCCUCUUCAUCUUGCAUAUGGGGCUCCAAGGUGAACAAUUGCUCAAUAUAAUUUUUCCCUAGCUAUAGGGCACCUCUCCAUGAAAGAUCUGCAUUUGUGGGUUUGUCAAGCUUCAGAUUUGGAUCUUGGGAACAUAUGAAGCUGCCUUCUAUUGAGUCCGAUCACUGGAUCAUCUAGCUCAUUUUUAUCUACAGUGACUCUCUAGGGUGUCAAACAGGCCCUUUCCCAGGAUUAGCUAGGGAUGCCAGAGAUUCAACUUGGGACCUUCAGCAUGUAAAAAGUGUGCUCUACCACUGAGUUACUGCCUCUCCCCAAAUGGUGUUGGCCAUUUGUCUAGUUGUUAAAGUCUGUAUACCAGAGUACGCUCUCAACUUUGGCAUCUAAAAGCAUGACACUCAGAUCCUGGUGGAAAUGAGUUGCUUGUCACAUCAGAAAGAAGAGAUCACCCUGAAGUCUUAAUGUAAGCUUUUUUUUUUUUUUUAAAUUUAGCAGUUUUCUAGAUUGGGCUUCAGUUAAGCAUUCUAGGUAGCGUAAGAUAAAGAAUGAUAAAAUCUCAGUGUAAAUUAUAAAACUGAAUUUAGAUAAGCAAAACGGGGCACCUGUGUAAAAAUUCAGUCCAAAAUUUAAUGAAAGUAUUAAACAAUCAAUAUCGCCAGUUCAAAGAUGCUUUCCAAAGUGCUAUCAACUGAAAACUGAAUCCAGUGUACAAUCUCUUCAGAGAAUAUUCCUUCCUAGGUGUAUAAACAUAGAGAGUUCUGUCUCAGUAACACAAUGCAAUGGAGGUGGUUCCAACCAAUGCCUUAUAAUUUACCUUUUGCUUUGUCCGAAAGCUUAGUUUAUCAGCUUUAAAUAGGUCAGCACAAUAGACCUAGUUCUGGCUGACACUGUAAGCCGUCGUCACUUCAGGCACAUGUUAAGCCUCAGCCUGCACUCUGAAGUGGUUGAAUUCAAACACGGGUUUACCACCUCCAAGAAAAUUAUGCCUUGGGUGCAGUUUUAACACUCUUUUCAAACAAGCCAGACACCCCACACAUUCCAUUCUGUGCUAUUUGUAGCACAAAUAACUCAGCACCGUAACUUGCCUUUUAUGAGGAAUUGGGUUAGUGUUCCAAAGAGUGAAUGCUGUUCCUUUCCUUGUGUUUUCCAGGGUGUGCUGAUCUGCACCUCCUAGACAUGUUGACACCUACCGAAAGGAAACGGCAGGGCUACAUCCAUGAACUCAUAGUAACAGAAGAGAACUAUGUGAAUGACUUGCAGUUGGUAACAGAGGUGAGGCUGAUUGUACACAUUUUAACAACUUCUCCUGAUGUGUUUUCUCACCCUGGCCUCAUCGUAAAAGGGGUCAAACAUGAAAUUUUUGAAACCCGGAGCUCUGGAGACCUUUGCAGGAUUGAAUGGGAAUUGUGCAACUUGAGAACUUUGGAAAUCAAAACUGUGUGUCCCAGUUAUCCCAUGAUCAAUAGCUUCCCUGAAGGAGACUGCAAACAAAUAGUAAAAUAAAAGGCAUUUUUUGUUCACUGUUUUUCUGAAGGCAGUAUUUUGGAAGGGACUAAAAAAAUACAGGCUAAGAUCUGACAGUUUAUUGCAGUUUCCUAUAGGAGAAGCCAGCAUGUAGUCCUCUACCACCAACUAUUCUAAUAGGUGUGGGUAUGAUCCCACUGCAGUUAAGGCUAUUGAACUCUUAUUGCUUUGAAUGGGAGAGUUAAGUAUCUUCUGCUGAAACCAAAGGAAUUAAAAGUGCUUAUCUUUGACUAUUUCACUCCAUCAAAUGAUCAGAAUGAGGCAGGAAGUGAGAUCUGCAGAGCUUUAAUUCAAACCAGUGGCUGCAGAUGAAUCACAGUGAAUAGGCUUAUUGUGUGUUCUAAAUUGUUCAUUUGAAUCUGCAGAUCUUCCAGAAACCACUGAUGGACUCCGAGCUGUUGACAGAAAAAGAGGUUGCUAUGAUUUUUGUAAACUGGAAAGAGCUGAUUAUGUGCAAUAUCAAACUACUGAAGUAAGUUGCUUUUGAAAACAUUUUAUUGCCAAUUACAUAUUUGGAUGCUUUCUCCUUCAUUGUCCUCAUUUUUCAGCAGCACUUGGAAAGAAAAAAAAUAUUGUAGGGAUUGAAAUAAUGCAUUUUUCUUAAGUCUGGUUUUCCCUUUCAUGAUGAUGGCUGAAUAUGGUUUGUGCAAAGGGGGAGGGUAUAUAAAUGUUUACAUAGGUGGAACGUAGUUGCAAAAUAUGAUGGUGCAGUAAAGAAGCAAUGUGCAUUUACAAAAUUUCCCACCAGAUAUAAUUUUGAAGUCAAAGUCAAGUUUUUAAUGGGCAUGUUUCUAGUGAGACACAUUACACUCUAGCAACUUAUGAACUUAUGCAAUUUAUUUUCUCCUUUUUUAAGCAGUCUGUUCUUUUUGUACAGCUCUUGGGUUCAUAAGUGAUGGGAAUCUUUAACAGGCCAUUUCCAAACAAGCAAUGGGAGAUCACUACUCACAUAAUCCUCUAUAACCAGCUGGCUUUUAGGUGCUUAGGAAACACACUACACGAGGGACAGGUAGAUGGGACAAGCCACAUGUCAAUCAUCUGGUGUCAGAAGCUUGACAAGUGUGCUGUUGCACCCACCUACCAGAGUUAACCUGCUAGGCCAAAAAAGUUUCCUCCCCCUGCUCUGUAUUAAUGCAUAAAUGAUGGCUAACCUGUUAUGGUUUGAUUGAUCUGACUUCAAUAUCGCUUUAUACUAAUAAAAAACCUCAAAGCAAUUUACAAUAAGACAGCAUUACCAUAAUAGAUCUCUGCUGCUUUUAUAUGGAAACAUAGUAAAGGUAAAGGGACCCCUGACCAUUAGGUACAGUCGUGACCGACUCUGGGGUUGCAGCGCUCAUCUCACUUUAUUGGCUGAGGGAACCGGCGUACAGUUUCCGGGUCAUGUAGCCAGCAUGACUAAGCUGCUUCUGGCGAACCAGAGCAGCGCACGGAAACGCCGUUUACCUUCCUGCCGGAGCGGUACCUAUUUAUCUACUUGCACUUUGACGUGCUUUCGAACUGCUAGGUUGGCAGGAGCAGGGACCGAGCAACGGGAGCUCACCCCGUUACAGGGAUUCAAACCGCCGACCUUCUGAUCAGCAAAUCCUAGGCUCUGUGGUUUAACCCACAGCGCCACCCGCGUCCCAUAACAUAACAUAACAUAACAACAUAACAUAGUACAACUAUAUUAAACUGAACAUGUAUCAACAUCUCUCCCCGUUUUCUCUUUUGCGUUCAGAGCGCUGCGUGUUCGUAAGAAAAUGUCAGGAGAGAGGAUGCCUGUCAAAAUGAUUGGCGAUAUCCUGACAGCACAGCUUCCACACAUGCAGCCUUACAUUCGAUUCUGUAGCUGCCAGCUGAACGGAGCAGCCCUCAUCCAGCAGAAGACAGACGAAGUCCCCGAGUUCAAGGACUUUGUUAAAGUAAGAAAAUAUCCACGUUGGUAAUUUAUUCAAAGAAACUCGUGCAUCUACUUUCUGGGUUUAAUUUAUUUAAAAAGAGCCAUAUAGGAAAUGUAACCAAAAGCAGCUUCACACAUUUUAACUGAUUUCUCUGCAUUCGUCCUAUACUAGUGACCAAUUGACUGGAGAUUAGCUGAAAGUGGCAGUGGAGAUAGUCAAUACACUGCCACCUAGGGUUGCCAACCAGGAUCCGUCAUGUUCCUCUAUACCUGGGUCACGGUUUAGAGAUCUGUCAACAAGCCUUUUGACAUCUUUUCAAACUGAAGUCCUCUGUACAGUGUGGCAGGUUGCUUUUGAAAAUCAGCAGAGUUUCAAAAACAGUUUGUGAUUCGACAUGGCAGACUGCAUAUAUAUAUAUAUAUAUAUAUAUCCCCCUUGAGUGCACAAAAGAGGCAUGAAGAGUUCUGCUUGCUCAGGCCAAGGACCCAUCUGUUCCCAAAAUCCUGUUUCCAAAAGUGGCCAACCAAAUCCUUCUGGAAGGAGGAUCCCAAUAAAAAGCUGUUUGUAUUGCCAACGUUGUGAAAAAAUUCUGUACUCUUGCUAUGAAUAGACAAUAGAGGUUCACGGCAAGCGAGUGAAGAAAAUAUAUCUAUUAUAUAAUAUUAUAUGCUCUCCCAGGGCACAGUGCCUAUGUGCUGCAGGACAUAACAGAGCCUUGGUUCUUCCCCCACCCCAGUGUGGAUGUUAGACUUUUAGAAGUAAUGACAGAACUGUAUGAGUCUCUCAUAUUCUGCCUAGCACUUCCCUCCUCAUGGUCACAGGAUAUUAGCUUUCUGUUCCCCCUAAUGACCUGAUGCAGUCGUGUGCCUAUGCACAUGCACCAGGGUAGUACAGAGAGCCCUUCUGCAUGUGGGUAUUGUGCCCAUUCAGGAAAGGAUUGUACGCAAGAAUUGGAAAUGGAAACUCUGUCUUUUUUACCCUUGCUUAUGUGAAUUGGUUGUAAAUGCUCUUCGGCUUUGUAUCCCCUUCUUUCCAUUCUGGGAAAGGAGCAUGAGGUUGGGGGUGGGGGGUCUUGCCUUGCCCAUUGUACUUGUGGAAUGAUGGCGUUAUUUUGAGAGUUCUGUUUUUAAAACCUAGUUGGCUUUCCCCCUCUCCGCCUUCUCUUUUGGCCAUGCUGAAGCAUGUGUGUUGACCGAUAAUUAGAUACAGGAAGGUGUUAAAUGCUGGAUUUUCACUGCUCUACACAUUAUAGACAGUGUGAUUCCUCCCAGUACAACACAUAACAUAAAUGGAAUAACAUGUUGUAUACCAACACAGACCUGAAAACACUUGAACCGUUGUUUCCUUGAGGCAUAUGCUUAACUGUUUUACAGAAUCUUAGAAUACAACAAACAGCGAGUAAUUGUGACCCAGGCCUCAUUUUUAAACUAUUCUGUCUCUGCCACCUAAGGGAAACAAUGUUUGAGAUCACAUAAUAAAAAGUCUACUUGGAUAAAAAAUGUUGACUUAAAUGUGCCAAUAAAAGAACCGCCUGCUUAUUUCCAACCACAAAAGACCAUUUAUGGCCUGGAGAACAGACCUAGCCUUUGUCAACAUUCUGAACGAAGAACACUUCACAACUGGUGAGCAACCACUGAAAUUGCUUCCUGGCAUGUCCUCACCACUCCAAGGAAGCCACAUUUGUAGAGAAUAAAUGGAGACCACAGUGUGCUUUGGGCAUUUUUAUAAAUACUUGUGUCUGACCUUCAUAAACUAGCUGCCAACAUUUUUUGCUCUCAAUAUUUCAGAGGUUAGCUAUGGAGCCUCGCUGUAAAGGAAUGCCAUUGUCAAGUUUUCUGCUAAAGCCUAUGCAACGAGUAACGCGAUAUCCUCUGAUAAUUAAAAAUGUAAGUCCUUUUGCUAACGUGUGGAAAUAUGUUGCCAAAACUGCUAUAGUUAAGAAGCCAGAGUCAGAGUUUAAGUUUUUCUUGCAUAGGAUCCGUAUUUCUAUAGUCUAUUAACUCAUGAGGAUGUGCAGUAUGUCGGAAUUCAAACCGGGGAUGCAAAGGAACAAUAGGGAGCACAUUAAAAGUUAGUAUUCUUUCAACUGGGUGCCUUGCACUACUUCUGGUGUCUUCUAUAGGACAACAGAAAAAGACAGCAAAAUGCUGAAUUUUUGAUGCAAAGGAAGAUCCGGGAACACGCUUAGAGUGAGCUCCUGAUUCUUCUUCUUCUUCUUCUUCUUCUUCUUCUUUUUUUUUUUUUGUCAUGGCUUGAACUUUUCCUUACAUGAAAUCGGGCUCAGGACAUGGUGGUCGGCCCAGAAUGGCCCAGUAGGCCAACUGCUUGCUGGGCCUACUGACUGUGAGUCAGUAGAUUAAGAAUGACUCCCCUGAAGACCUCAGUGAUUGGACAGGGAUAUAACCAAUUAGGUGGCCCUUCGGGUAUCUUGAACCCAAGUUGUUAAAGGCCUUAUAAAUUAAUACAGGUACCUUUAACCUAGCCCUGUAGUGUAUAGGCAGCUGGUGCAAGCUUUUGAGCAUGGGAGUUAUUUGCUGGCAAUAGUCUUUUCCUAUCAACAGUCUAGCUGCAGCGUUUUGCCCCACUUGGUGCAAAAGAGAAAUCCUUCCCCUUCUUAGUGCAAGUUGUUUUCUUUAGUUAUGUGAAUUGUUUGUAGCCUGGGGUAAGAGGACUGUUCUCUUCCUCAUCCUUCUUCACCUCCAGCAUGCAGUUUAAUCAGAAGGAUAGACCCUGACCUACAGGGCAAAAACUCCAGUGGGGACUGAUCAGGCCCAUUUUUCUUUAAAUAAAUGAUUGUGUAAGAGAAUGAAAUGUUCCAUUUUUAUUAGAUUAACACAGGGAAGAUAAAAAAGGGAUUGAUUUGAAGAGAAGUAAUCUUAUAGCGUUUUGGCAAUCAAGAGGCAGUGAUGUUUUUCUUUUCAUUGAUUUAGGGCAGGAUUUAUUUAAUAACAUUUACUUUGGGUGCUUAAUGUUCUUUAUAUCUGUAAAGAUAUAUUUAAUUUUUCAGGUGCUUAAGAAGGAAUAGAUAUGCAGUUUUAUAAGAACCUGAUCCAGUUUAUUUGCCUGCAGAUAUUAGAAAAUACUCCUGAAAAUCACCCUGAUCACAGCCACUUGAAACAGGCUUUGGAGAAAGCGGAAGAACUUUGUUCUCAGGUUAAUGAAGGGGUGCGUGAGAAGGAGAACUCAGACAGGCUUGAAUGGAUCCAGGCUCAUGUUCAGUGUGAAGGACUAUCAGAGGUAAAGCUGAAAUACGUAGAAUCAGACUGUAGUUACUAAUCUUCCAGAAAAGAUGGCUUAUGAAACAAUGCUGAUAAACUUCUCUAGCUAAAGAGAUGCUGGUAAGUCUUCACAAAUUCAUCCUGCUCUUCAUUUGGCAUUUUUUCCUGCCAAUUUUCUCUUUCCACUUAUCUCUUGAACCCGUUACAUCAGCCAUCUGUCACUUAACGUUUCUGCAAUGAAAUGAAGACCACAGCUUUUAUUCAGUUCAUAAUUUCCUCUCCUCUCCCAAAUAAAGUAUGUUGCAAAAUCUAGCUUUGAUUCAGAAAAGUUAAGCAAGUUCUGUAUACACGGAGCAAUGGAUCCAAACUACAAGAAAGAAGAUUCCACCUAAACAUUAGGAAGAACUUCCUGACAGUAAGAGCUGUUCGACAGUGGAAUUUGCUGCCAAGGAGUGUGGUGGAGUCUCCUUCUUUGGAGGUCUUUAAGCAGAGGCUUGACAACCAUAUGUCAGGAGUGCUCUGAUGGUGUUUCCUGCUUGGCAGGGGGUUGGACUCGAUGGCCCUUGUGGUCUCUUCCAACUCUAUGAUUCUAUGAUUUUACGAAGGAUGCAAAGUGGAAUUGCUAGCCAUAUCACUCUAGGGUAAUUGAGAAAUUUCUGGAAUGUAUAAAGUAGGCAUUCCAGACAAAUAGCCACUUGAAAUUGUUGUGCAUUUGUUUUUUACUUACUUGCUAAGGCCCAUCAAUGUGCCCCCAAAGAGUGUACAGAUUACAAUUCAGCGCAGUGGAGGGAAAUGGUCAGCUAAACUAGGUGAAUUCAUUUUAAAUCUUUGACACCAAUCGUUAAUAACGCACCUACCAUGUUUGCACAUCAGGUUAAGGUACAGUGCACAGGCCAGAACAAGCCACUGCCAUCUCAUGUUCCCCCUUUUUCACUGCACAUGUGUGUGGAAAGGAGAUGGGGAGAACAUGAGCCCAAUGAUCACGGCCUCUCAUUCCUACUUGUGGACAUCACACUAAACUAUGGUUUAGUUUGAUCUGCUAAUGCAGCCAUUAAUUAGGUCUACACAUUCCUCCUACUUCCUAUACAAAUGUGUAGCACCAGUGAAGAAAAUCAGGCAUCAGUCAGAAUCCUUCUCCUCUCAUCAUAAGUAAACCCACCCUUGUUGAAGGGUACAAGGGCAAAGGGAUAAUUCUAGGAAUAACAGAAGUGUCCCUGCCAUUCCAUCAAGUGCUGGCACUUUACUGCUGAGAGUCAAGCACUAAGCCAUCAUUAUGCCUGCAAAUGAGCUGAAGCUGUUGUCAGAUUUCUGCAGAUUCUGUCAGUUUUCUGCAGCUGUAUCCAACGGUAUCAGAACAAGUAUAUUUUUAUUCAUCUCACUUGUUGUGGUUUCCCCCCCUCCCCACCCUCCCUUUCUGUUCCCAUCAGCAACUUGUUUUUAACUCUGUUACAAACUGCUUGGGGCCACGCAAAUUUCUACACAGUGGGAAACUCUACAAGGCCAAGAGCAACAAGGAGCUGUAUGGCUUUCUGUUCAACGACUUCCUCCUGCUGACACAGAUAAUAAAACCUCUCGGCUCGUCUGGCACAGAUAAGGUCUUCAGCCCCAAGUCUAACCUGCAGUAUAAAAUGUACAAAACGGUAAGAAAUUAUUUUAAAUGGAAAUUCAGAAAUAUUGAUAACGUCCAAUUACUUUUUCACGUGAAAAAGGUGUUUAGGCAACAGAAGAAAUUUCUUUGUUGUUGUUUAGUCGUUUAGUCGUGUCCGACUCUUCGUGACCCCAUGGACCAGAGCAUGCCAGGCACUCCUGUCUUCCACUGCCUCCCGCAGUUUGGUCAAACUCAUGUUUGUAGCUUCGAGAACACUGUCCAACCAUCUCGUCCUCUGUCGUCCCCUUCUCCUUGUGCCCUCCAUCUUUCCCAACAUCAGGGUCUUUUCCAGGGAGUCUUCUCUUCUCAUGAGGUGGCCAAAGUAUUGGAGCCUCAGCUUCAGGAUCUGUCCUUCCAGUGAGGACUCAGGGCUGAUUUCCUUCAGAAUGGAGAGGUUUGAUCUUCUUGCAGUCCAUGGGACUCUCAAGAGUCUCCUCCAGCACCAUAAUUCAAAAGCAUCAAUUCUUCGGCAAUCAGCCUUCUUUAUGGUCCAGCUCUCACUUCCAUACAUCACUACUGGGAAAACCAUAGCUUUAAUUAUACGGACAUUUGUUGGCAAGGAAAUUUCUUAUUUGGAUAUAUUUUCUGUAUAGGAAAACCACAUGGACACCACAAAUGUGUCUGCUUUGCAAUAUGAGGUGAGAUCUUUCCAGGCAUAUUUACCAGGUGCAGGGAACCUUUGGCCUUCCAGAUGCUGUUGAACUACAACUCCCCUCACCCCCCCCCCGUCAUUAGCAAUGCUUGCCGGGGCUGAUGGCAGUUGUAAUUCAGCAACAUCUGGAGGGUCAAAAGUUCCCCAUACCUGAUGUAUACUAACAGAGAACUCACCUGAUGAUUGCCAACAAGACUGUAGUCAAACAGGGCCGCUGAGGUGUCAGCACAAGCAAGGAAACAGCAAGACCUGCAAACAUACGAAAACCUUGGAGGUGGCAACUAUGGCAGAAUCCCUCAAAAGAACCUAGUGAGGAUGGAACAAAGAGACACAAUGAUGAACUGGGAGGGGGGCAGGAAGGGAGAAUGGAAUAAUAGCUUCCUAGCUGACUGCAACGUUGUACAGGAGCACUCCACUCAACAAGUUUUGAUGCACCUUAAAUAUAGCCCUUUUUUAAGGUGCACACAUAAGUACACAAUGAUGAUGUAAAGAUGUGAAGUGAGAAUGCAACAAAUCGGUUUCAGAAGACAUGCCCACCAUGUAAUUGGCUGCAUGUAAUAACCCUGGUUUAGUUACCAUGUAAUAUGUGAGCUAGCCCCCUCUUUUUACCAUGCCAGUGAAUAAAGAAAAGCAUAGGUUGCUACUUGCUGUGAGUGGGAGUAAAGCUAACAUUUAAUGCAUUAUUGACACAUUCCUUCAAGGAAAAACAUCGCAACAUUUCUAGCUGUAGAGUCCCCACCCUGCUCUAUCAUCAUUACGCUAAAGUGUUGUGUGGAUAUUGGCCCAGGCCAAAGCUUUAUCUGGAUUGAAGCCCAGGCUAGAAACUCUCAAAUAUUUUCAUUUGUAACUAAGGUUCAGGCAGAUAACCCCAAUAUGUAUCUUAAUUCAAAAGAAAAGCUAUACUGUGUUAAGGGUCCAGGUUUCUGUUAACUAGCCAUAGAUGGUUGAAAAACACCUCUUUCUUGUUUACUUUUGUUGAGUUUUGGAUUUGCUUUUGGGAUACCAUUUCCCUGGUGCAGAUGUUUACCCUCUUUCUUUAUGGUAAAGUCUGUGAAUGCUAAAAAUCACAUAGAAAUUGAACCAUGCUAGUAGACAACAGUGGGAUCUGCAACAAAAUGUUGCACUGCAGAGUUUUUGUAAUUGUUUUGUUUUCUCUCUAUAUAUAUUUAUUUCAGUAUAUUAUUGAACUAUGUGCUUUCAAUAAGAAUAUUUUUAAAAUGUAUCUUAACAAUUGCAACAGCUAAAAAGCUUCCUACUCUCCCUUAAAAAUUGGUUUCUGAAAAAUGGUCCUGGGUGGGAUGGAGACCAGAAAUGAAUUUUUGUGUGAAAGGAUGUGUGAUCUUUGUUCUGGUACUGAUCACAAAUUCCUGGGCUGAGCAUGUGCUCAGAGGCACUCCUAGUUCUUAAGGGUAUGUCUGCCCAGCUGUCCCGAGCACAGCAUGCUAGUCAUUUUUUUUGCUGAACUUGACUCCUGUUAUAGAGCAUUCAUUCUGACUUGACCUAGCUUAACACUUAACUAUUUAUUUAUUUUUUGCAGCCCAUAUUUCUAAACGAGGUCUUGGUUAAACUACCCACGGAUCCUUCUGGCGACGAGCCCAUCUUUCAUAUCUCUCACAUUGAUCGGGUCUACACACUCCGUGCAGAAAGCAUAAAUGAAAGGUAAAAAAAUAUCUCUGUAUUGGCACUGAACAUAAUGGGAAUAUGUAAGAGCUCUUACACACACACACACACACACACACACACACACACACACACAGUGUUUCAUAAUGAGAUUUCUCCCGUUUCUGAUGUUGCCAUCUUUUUUACUUGCACUUUCCCUGAUUUGUUUAUCCUCCCCUAGCAACCAUGGGCUGCCUGCUUUGAGUCUUAGAGAAAUUUUAACUGGGAAAACAGUGCAGGGAAAAAGGUUAAACCUCCUCUGUACCAGCACAACUAUCCCAAACGGAAUGGGGGCCCCUUGGCCAAGAUUACCUUGAAAACAUGCACAAUGGCAGGGAAGGUCCUAUUCACAGAUCUCUCACAUCACAUCCAGAUUUUUCCUGAGAACUAAACAUGCAGUCGUACCUUGGUUUUCAAACAGGUUAGUUCUCAAAUGUUUUGGUUCCUGAACACCGCAAACCCGGGAGUGACUGCUCUGGUUUGUGAACUAUUGCUGGAAGCCGAAUGUCCAACGUGGGUUCCGCAGCUUCCGAUUGGCUGCAGGAACUUCCUGCAGCCAAUCAGAAGCUGCGCUUUGGUUUCCGAACGUUUUGGAAGUUGAACAGACUUCCGGAAUGGAUUCUGUUCGACUUCCAAGGUAUGACUGUAAUGCAAAGAAGUUAAUGCCUUUAUCUAGAUCUUCUUCCUACCUGCAUGCAGUCAGCUUUGCUCACUUGCACGUACUUCAUAAUGAUACGUAAUUUCCUUUUCACCUUCUCUUUCUCUCUCUCAAGGACGGCCUGGGUUCAGAAAAUCAAAGCCGCUUCUGAACUUUACAUAGAAACAGAGAAGAAGAAGAGGGAAAAGGCCUAUUUAGGUACCGCAAUGGGGGUACAGUAUUUAGACGUUUUCCCCAAAAUUUCAAGAGAGUAUUUUAAUGACUCUUGCCUGUUCUUGCCACAGUCCGAUCCCAAAGGGCAACCGGUAUUGGAAGGUUAAUGGUGAACAUUGUUGAAGGUAUUGAACUGAAGCCCUGCAGAUCCCACGGUAAGAACUUCAUUUCUCUCUAUAUGCGUGUAUAUAAGAGUGUGUGUGGUGUGUAAAAUAUGACAAAAAGAAGGGAAACGUCUUGGGUGCUUUGAUCAUUUAAUGUAAAAUAGGUUGUCGGGGGGGAAUGUAAGUUUUGUAAAAUGGUGUUUUGUUGCACUCUAUAUAGACUGAUGGGACGCGGGUGGCGCUGUGGGUUGAACCACAGAGCUUAGCUCUUGCCGAUCAGAAGGUCGGCGGUUUGAAUCCCCGCGACGGGGUGAGCUCCCGUUGUUCGGUCCCAGCUCCUGCCAACCUAGCAGUUCGAAAGCACGUCAAAGUGCAAGUAGAUAAAUAGGUAUCGCUCCGACGGGAAAGUAAACAGCGUUUCCGUGCGCUGCUGCUCUGGUUCGCCAGAAGCAGCUUAGUCAUGCUGGCCACAUGACCCAGAAGCUGUACGCCGGCUCCCUCGGCCAGUAAAGCGAGAUGAGCACCGCAACCCCAGAGUCAGUCACGGGUCAGGGGUCCCUUUACCUUUAUAUAGACUGAUAUAGCCAGCAAAUUUUUAAAUAGUGUUAGUGAUUUUCACAUGGUGAAAGCCUCCCAACAGUCAAACAGAAGGAUUAUCAACCACUACACCCCCCACACCCCGGAGAAAUGUCUACCCAAAUUUGCCACCCAUGGUAUUCAUGGCCCUAUUUAUUGGCCAACACCAUGAGGCAAGGUGAGCCAACCUCCUCAGGUGGCAGGAUCCACAGGGGCAGAUCUUGCACCCAAUGGAUGCAUCAUUCGCUGUUGCUGCUGCUGUUCUCCCUCCUUGUUUCCAGUGUAGAACUUCACUCCCCCCUUGUUCCUGGUGUAGGUCUUCCAUCACCCCUUCUUCCUUGGCGAGCUGGUGGGGUGCCAUUUUCUGGUUCCUUUCUGGUGCCAAAAUGUCUUGGGCAAGCCCUGGCUGGGUCAAAUUUGAUGUAGAAAGCAAUCUUGUAUACCUGAUGCCAGAUUCAGUUUUGGCGCACUCACCCACAGGCAGCACAGGCUGCCCGAUGCAUUUGAUUAUUUUCCUUGCUAAAUCAAAUGGUGGAGGUACAAAAAGCCUUUUCCAAUUCUCUCAUGUCAAAACCACAGAAGCAAGUUACCAAAUUUGUGUGUGCAAAUGUUUGAUCCCGGCUGUGCAUCUACUUGCCUUCUGCUUUCAGGAAAGAGUAACCCGUAUUGUGAAGUGACGAUGGGCUCUCAGUGUCAUAUUACCAAGACUAUACAGGACACACUGAACCCUAAGUGGAAUUCUAAUUGCCAGUUCUUUAUCAAAGAUUUGGAACAGGAUGUGCUUUGCAUAACAGUGUUUGAGCGGGAUCAGUUCUCACCAGAUGGUAAGUGACACUCUUACUUCUGAGCUUGGUCUUUUGGUUAUGUACACGUCUAUGAGAGUGUACGACAACUUAGGGUAGCUCAUUUUUGCUGGCCCUCUGCUGAGGUCCAUGUGUGUGGACUGAGGCGCCACCUUGGUCUCUAGGCAGGAGUGAAAAAAACUCCUACUUACAGUACAUGAUUGGGAACGAAGGUAGCGCUGUGGGUUAAACCACAGAGCCUAGGGCUUGCCGAUCAGAAGGUCGGCGGUUCGAAUCCCCGCGACGGGGUGAGCUCCCGUUGCUCGGUCCCUGCUCCUGCCAACCUAGCAGUUCGAAAGCACGUCAAAGUGCAAGUAGAUAAAUAGGUACUGCUCCGGCGGGAAGGUAAACGGCAUUUCCGUGCGCUGCUCUGGUUCGCCAGAAGCGGCUUAGUCAUGCUGGCCACAUGACCUGGACGCUAUACGCCGGCUCCCUCGGCCAAUAAAGCGAGAUGAGUGCUGCAACCCCAGAGUCGGUCACGACUGGACCUAAAGGUCAGGGGUCCCUUUACCUUUUUACAGUACAGUGGUACCUCGGGUUAAGUACUUAAUUCAUUCCGGAGGUCCGUUCUUAACAGUGGCGUAGCGUGGGUUGUCAGCACCCGGGGCAAGGCAAGUAAUUUGCGCCCCCUAACCUGUGGAUUUUAGUAGGGGCAGAGAGCUGCAAGUGCGAGCGCCCCCCCCCCAGAUGCUGCGCCCGGUGCAGCCGGCCCCCCCUGCACCCCCCACGCUACGCCACUGGUUCUUAACCUGAAACGGUUCUUAACCUGAAGCACCAUUUUAGCUAAUGGGGCCUCUUGCUGCUGCUGCGUCGCCGGAGCACGAUUUCUGUUCUUAUCCUGAAGCAAAGUUCUUAACCUGAAGCACUAUUUCUGGGUUAGCAGAGUCUGUAACCUGAAGUGUAUGUAACCCGAGGUACCACUGUACAUGAUUGGUUCCUGCUCAGUUUUUUGCUCUGGCCUGCACGUAGCAGAGGAACUCCCCAUCUCCUGUUUCCAUCCCUUUUUCUGUCAAUAUUCAUUUUCCUGUUCCUAUUGCCUCUAUCCUCACUGACUGCUUCAAUUAAUUGUUUAGUUUGAAGGUUUUGCUGCAGGUUUAUGUCCCUGCCCCUUCUUCUCUAGCACUAGAGCACCAGUGAAACGAAACUGAAAAUCUCCAUUGAGAGAUUAUAAAACUGCUGCAUGCGUAGCAAGAUUUUCUGCUGCUGUUUUUGGUUUGCUCAUGCUGUUUCUGAAUUAACAUCUUGCCAGAGGUGGUUCUUCAUGGGAGCAGGGAAUAUGUAAUUUCUAACCAUUAUGUAUGUUUUCUGUUUCAGACUUUUUAGGCCGAACAGAAAUCCGAGUAGCAGACAUUAAGAAGGACCAGGGCUCAAAGGGACCAGUGACAAAGUGUCUUCUCUUGCAUGAAGUUCCAACAGGAGAGAUAGUUGUCCGACUGGAUCUACAGCUGUUCGAUGAACCUUAAAAAAGGAAGACACUUCUUCUAACCUGAAAACACUGCAAUAGGCGCCCACAAAAUCUGUCUAGGAAUCCUCAGACCUUUUAUAUGAAACAAAAUACUUAUCAAUGCCACACAACUCUUUGCAGCUGGAUAAUCCUUGCAGAAAAUUGAAAUCCAAGUUUGUGAGGAAAAUGUAACUUUUGGGGAUUUUUUUGUUUGUUUUUGUUUGUUUUAUUUUCUGUGGAACUUCUGCUGUAGCUUUCAGGAUUUCUAGGAAAACAGAGCUGUAGCCUGUGCUAAAACACUGCACAUUUUUCUGGGUACUGCAGCAUGUGGUGUCAACAAGAGAGGGUGGCACUGACAUGUCUUUGCAGACUUUCUGUAAAUUACCCCUAGAAAUGUUGUGCCUAUUGCCCCACAGAGUGGUAUAUAAACAUAAUGUGAAUAUAUUUAUAUAGAAAAUACCUAUGACAUGAAUGAAUUCUUGCCAUGUAAGAUAUUUGGGUUUCUUUUAAGAAAUUUAUGGUGAUCUUUGAAUCUGUUUUUGAAAAAUAAAAGGGGUGGGGGUGGGGGAGAAGAAGAAAAGACUAUUCCAAGUUGAAGUUUAAAUGACAGUCGCCCAUAAUCUGGAAGGCUCUCAAUGAGUGGAAGGUUGGUUUUUCCAAGUAUUUAUUAGGAAGCAGCAAAUAUUAGGUGGAUUCCCGGUCUAGGGACCAGUAAUUCAAAGCAUACCCCGUUUAGGAAGAAUAUAAAUGGGACCUGAUCCCUGCUGCUUCCCAUUGGGGUGUCUUUCACCCAAAUGGAGUACUGUGUAUCCACACAUCAAUGCUUUUUGUGGUUACAUUUCAGUGGGUUUGUAAAUAAUUGUAGACCAAGGUUUGGCGGAGUCGUUCUGUGUGUUCUACUGUACCAUUUAAACAUUAUUAAACUGCUGCUAAAUUGCGCAAAGGCAGUUACAAGAAAACAGCUGCUCUAGCUCAGGAAAGCUGAGGCUAACAGCAGUCAGAUGGGACUUAAUUUAUUGAAUAGUACUGUGCCUAAAUAAAUUUGACACCAUGGUUUUGAAAUCAGGGUGGUAGCAUACUGUAGCUCAACGAAGUGUUAACUGCAAAAGUGGUUCACUAAAAAAAUUUCAGUUUCAGCAUUGGGUGUCACAAGUUUUUGCAAAGGGAUUUAUUGCUAUGUUGCAGAUGUAAGGAUUCACUCUCAGUGUGACCCACAUAGGACAACCUUGAUUCAGCAAAGCGCUUCGAAGGCAUUCGAACAAGAGAAGUAUGUUCUUGAGAACUUUGCUGAACUAGGGACAAUGUUAGUGGUGGAAUUUUGAGAGUGGGUUCAUUUCAGCACCAGGCACAUUCAUUCUUUGUGUUUCCAGUUCUUCAGUUUGUUACCCAAGGAUCAUGCAGAAAUGGGUAUUUUUGUAAGGACUUUAAGAAUGGGAGGUGUUGACUGUUCUGUUAGCAUGUCAAUGUUCUUGUGAAACGUGUUGGCUUUACUGUUCUUUGCAUGUUGUUUUUGGUAUCAGUUUCCAUGUUUCCUGUGGAGAUGGUGUUCUCUAGCACAGCAAAAUUUUAUGAUUUCCAUUAGGAAAUUAGGAUAGCUUUAUACUUGAUAGGUAGCUAAGGUCUGGUGAUAAGUGUAAACUGUGCUUGAAAGUGUCUGUGUACUAUUAUUUCCAAGGAGACCACUGUAUUAUUUUCAGCAAUUAUUUUUUAAAAAAUCCUGUAUGUUGGAGGGACGAAAAAGUUUACAUUUCAUACUUUUAAGAAUCGCUUUAUUAUUUAUUUAUUGAAGAUAGUGUAGAAUUUUGUAUCAGAAAUGACAUACUUAUGUAUUUUUUGGAACAGAGAAACACACUUUAGUUAGAAACUUUCAAAUGACCAAGUUUUAGAGGAAGUUUAACUUAACAGGCAUGCAAUUGUUUACCACUGACUGGUUGAAAACACAAUUAAAAAAAAAAAAAACUUUUAAGUUUCUAUUUUUCAAUGUUGGUACAAAAAUGUUUCAAUUAAAAGUAUGUAAAUAGAACUAAACCCAUGAUUUCCUUUUUCCAUAUCAAAACAUUUUAUGAAAUAUAAUGUAUAUGAAAAUAACACAUUGUUGUGGUAGAAGAAAAAAGGUACAAAUCCUUUAGUGGCAGAAAAAUAUUAAAUGUCAUCGUUCUAACCUUCUUUGGCUGGGCUAAUUUUACUCAGAGUUGUAAUGAAGAUGAGUGUUACUGUAUUUUUAUAGAUACAAAAAUAAUCAUAAUGUGGGAAGAAUCCUAUCAUUAAGACUGUGAAAAAAGGCGGGACCAUACUCCCUGAGGUGAACAUGAAUUAUCUGUCUUUGGAGAAGCCGGGGGACUCGAAGAGGAAGAAAGGGAUUGCCUAUAUAACAACCCUGAUAGUAUAUUCUAGGGGUGGGGAAUUUGUGGCCUUCCAGAUGUUGUUGGACUAGAACUCCCAACAGCCCCAGCCAGAUGGCAAAUGGUCAGAUAAGAUAGGACUUGUAGUCCAACACCACCCAGAGGACCGUAGAUUCUUCACCCCUGAGAUAAUUGCUUUGCCAAGCUCCUUUCUAAAUCUCUCUUGCCAUUUUUUAACUCCAAAAAUAAAUAUUAAUUCCAGGUUUAAAAGGAAAACAAAAGCCUUAGGGAAUUAAGCACUUAAGAGUAAUAGACGUACGAAAAAAAUUUCUGACAGUAAGAGCUGUUAAACCGUGGAAGAGUCUCCCUCGGGAGGUGGUGAACUCUCCUUCCUUGGAGGUUUUUAAGCAGAGGUUGGAUGGCCAUC